AUGCACCAUGAUCCGAGUGAUCUUGGAUCACCGAUCCGGAUCUGGAUCACCCCAAAAGAACGCACCCUAAGUCUUGAAACUCAAGAGCACUUGUAGAGGGUCUGAAUGGGGGGGUCCAUUUGUCGGUUGUCAGUUAAAAUUCAGUUACUUUGUCAGUAGUCGGUUAAAAUUUUCGAUCUUUGUCGGUAGUCCAUUAAACUUCUUGAUUUUUGUUGGUUGUCCGAAAAUCUCAGUUAAUAAGUAAAAACGCUUGUUAAUUAUUAAUAUUUUUUAUGUAUUUCACCAAGUUUCAAGACUUUGAUCCCAAGGGAAAGAGUAAAACUUGUAAGAAUGCAUCAUUUGAUUGCCACUUAAACUUCAAUAACUCUUGUUUGUUUAUGCAACAUCAUCGUCAGGAGCUGAUCGGCUCCUGUGGUCGUUUAUUUCACCAUUGUUUGCCAAAUGAAUAUCAUGCGUACUGAUAAGAUCACCAAAUGUUUUACUGUAAAUGCGAACUUGGUUUCCCUGUCGAUUACACGGCACAGUAAAAAGUAAUUAAUUAAUUAAUGGACACCAGCCUUUUGGAUACUUAAAUUAUCAGCUUAGUGGAAAACUGCAAGGGGUGACGGGCUGCACAUCUAUCCUUUGCCAUAAGUUUCCUUCCUCAAAGAAAUAACACUUUAACCCUUGGACAUAAAAGGGGUGGGAGGUGGAUGCCACCCCCUUUAGAUUUUCUGGGAUUUUUCCAGGAGGAUAAAACAUCAGCACCUGAGGUUUCCAGUAGAUGUUCGUUUACCCCUCGCACGCAUUUUGAGAAAAGUUCAGUGAUGAUCAGUUUCUACGGUUACGAGGUAUGACGUAAUAAGUAGCAGGUUGUCAAGCCAUUUUGAGUGAAAAUAUAUGUUUUUUUUUCAACUCUUUUCAACAAUAAAAGAAAAAUCUUGCAGCUAAAAUCAUGCAAAGUGCUUAUUUAUGUGUUAUUAUUCAUGUCAAGCAAUAAACAUUUCUCUUUGUUUUAACCUGUUUUGUAAUUCUUUGUAAUAUCCAAGAUGACGGCAAUGAUGGCGACCAUCAUUGGUGACGUAACAGGCCUCCAGCAGUGCUACCAUUCGUAAAUUAUACCUCAUCUUGUUACGAAGAUCAAAGGCUUUUCAGUGAAGGCAAAAUCGCUUCAAAAUACUGCAACAUAUCAAAAACUCUGGGGAGGGGUUCCAUCUACCAUCCUCUUGUACCAUGGUGGGGGGUAUGAUUUUGCGUGUACGUCUGAGGGUUAAGUUGGCAAGGUAGUGGUUGGUUUUGUAUGAGAUUACACUUUUACAUUAAAGUUUCUUUUAUAAUAGACACUAAGGGCUUGUAUUGUGUCACGAAAGGCAAUAUUUCUUUUUCUUCCUUGUUGUUUUGUUUCAGGAGCGCUGCUUUUCUCCUGUGAGUUUUACUUCUAAUAGCAAUUUUUAUUUCAAAACUAUGUGGCCAGCCUAUGUCCAUCAACCGCUUUUUGAAAUCUGAAAUACUUCCUCAGAGGAGUUUGUUCGUAGGAUACUCAAGGCCAAAUCCAUCGGUCAAAUCCAUUUUAACAUUUGGCGGGUGGUAAGAGGUGAAAAUGUAUAUACGUCUUUACGUCAAUGAUAGCUUUUUCUCAUUUUUCGUUGAAUGUUGUGCCUUGGUAUACAACGGGGUAUAAAAAGAUUGUCUCAGUGUCACAUAUUUCGGGCGUAAAUUUCAUGGCCAGUGGAGAAGUAGGGUGAAGUAAGUUUACUUGUUCCGUGAAUUUGAAGAAAUCUACCAUGUCUGGUUUACUUAUGUCCCACAGGGAAAAAAUAUCAUCUAUGCAGCAUUUUCAAACAGUUGGUUUAAAGACGGUUUUGCUUAAACUUUGUGUUUCAAUAUAUGCGGCCAUGAAAAUGUUGGAAAGGAAACUGCUUAUGUGCUCAUCGCGGUACUGUGGUUUCUUACUGAUAGUGCUUUCCAUUAAACUGGAAAGAAUUUUCUUUCAGGAUUAAUCUAAACAUUUCUCGGACCGAAUCAUAAGAAAUGUUCAGUUUUUUCAGCUUUGUCUUUUCAAUAAAAUAUAUAAAGUCGGUAGCAUCUUUAAGGACUGUGGCUUCUGUGAUUAUGAUAUUGGUUGUAGUAAUGUAGCCGUAUCAACAAAAGGGUAAGUUCUUUCUGUUAGACCAUCUGAUGAGUCAUAAAUUUAAAGAGGUUACUUCCUAACGGCUGGAAAAAAAUGCAAAAAUGCUCUUUUUUUCUGAAACAAAUAUUGAUAAUGUCAGCCCAUGUCGGUAGUCGGUUAAUAUUUUUCCUGUCGGUAGUCGGUAAUUUUUACUCGUUUUGUCGGUAGUCAGUAAUAUUUUUAGCCCUUUGUCGCUAGUCGGUUAACCCCAUUAACACCCUCUUGUAUGGGAUGUCAACGGUUUUUUUUUAAAGGAGCUGUGUCACGAAAUUCAGCCAAAUUAGGUAACUACAAAAUGCCCGUUAAAUUAAGAGAAACGUAAAAAUAACCGCUUAAAAUAUUAAAGGAAGGUUAAAAUAACACAACAGAAACAACAGAUGCCACGGAUGGGAAAACUGAAGAAGAUAGAAACGUAUUGAAAUUACGGUUUUUGAAAACUGUUCAGCCUGACAGUUUUUCAAAGUUGACCCCUGCUGCUUGCAACUUAAGAAAUAAUGCUCAGGAGACAUAUUUGUUUGCCUGUUUUGUCAUUUACCUGUAAAUUCUUUGCUUAGUUUAAGUUCCAUAGCGAUUGAGGUCGAGUAAUUGGCAAAAUUAAACAAAAUGAACUGGACUGCCGUGACACAGCCCCUUUAAAAGAAGGGAAAAUGUUAUGUUUUCAAAUAAAAUCGACUUGCCUUAUUGCCUUGUUGUAUUCUUUGUUGUUUGCCCGCGUCUCCGGCCGUUUUGAAGCGUUUUCGGCGAGUUAGCGUGUUUUUGGUGUUCCACUGCUAAGAUAAAGACAAGGCAGCACAGAGAUUUCAGGAGCAACCAGGAGUGUCCGUCGCUCGAGGAGAAUAAUUCCGCUGGAAAAAAUUACCCCCCGGCCUCAAUUCCUCCACACAUUCAAAGCAGAGAUGUUGCAGUUCCAUGUCCAUUCACUCGAUUCGCAAUACCUCCCACAGAUCGUUCACUAGCGAUGCUUUUAUCUCUUGCUCGAUCGGCUCCCCAAUUUCGAAUUGGGUUCGUCCAAACUGCCGUCACAAGAGGAUCAUGAGAGGUACCCUUGUUACCAGGCCCUUACUCCAUUACUCAAUUCUCGUCCCCCGUCCCCAGAGGCCUCGAUUCCAACGAGAGCGCGGCCUCUGGGGAUGAAAAGAGGCGAUUCCGGAAUUGCGCAGGGAACUAGGGCGAGAUUUUUUUUAACUAAUCGAUAAACCGUUUAAAUCGAUAAACAUUUGACCAAGUUUGGUGAUUUUAGGGUGAACAGAAACCAAGUUAUAGACCUUGAAACAUGGUUCAAAUCCAUGGUUCAAAAUCUGUAUAAUGUUGAAACAUCGUCCCCCAAAACCAUACAAACUCUUAUUUUUUUUAUCAGUUUUGUGACAACUGUAAAAUCCCGUCAUUCAGCUACCAUUUGAAAGAGGCUGAGACGAAAAUCACGCAUGUUUGCCCAUUUCUCAGAGUAUCACAGAAAUCAUAAAAAAAUGUAAGAGUUUAUGUGGUUCUGAGGACGCUGUCUCAACAUUAGGGCCUUGCAUACGGCGGCUGAGCUCGCAGUACGAGUGGCAGUCAAAACUUAGGUGUCCUGACAAAACGAUACGAUAACAGCCUUUUUCUUCGCAGUUAACAAAAAUAAAGACAGUGCGUAAGUUGCUUUGGCCUCUACUAGUAGUUAACUUGAGUAUUCCGGGUUUAAGUUGAUGAGGAACAGCAUAUUUUGUUCAAAAUAACACAACUAUUAUCCUGCCUGCCGAUACUCGACGACGAACAACGAGCGAGUUGCCAUGCCGAGCGCUGGCGACCCAUUUUUGGCGCCAAAAGAGAAGCUUAGAAACACAAAAUGUCAAAAUGGUACAUAUUUUUACUUAUUGUAAACUGUAAAAAAUUGCGAUAAAACAUUUCUUAAAAAGCGACGACGUUUCGACGUUAGCUGAACGUCAUUAUCAAGUCAAAAUAUGUUAGUGAUUUUUGGUCUAUUGAUAAUGAAGUUCAGCUAACGUCGAAACGUCGUCGCUUUUUUAGCAAUUUUUUUUAAUCUUAAAAUGAUUUUAAGAAAUGUUUUAUCGCAAUUUUUUAUAGUUAAAUGCUUUUCAAAAUCACUUCUUGUUCGUAUUGUAAACUGGUAUGGUUUUUGAAGUACUGUUUAAAAAACGAGCAGCAGUGCUUUAUCGGGUUUAAAAGCACGAGGCGUAGCCGAGUGCUUUUAGACCCGAUAAAGCACGUGCUGCGAGUUUUUUUAACAGCUUCAAAAACAAGCCUGAAACGCGUGUCCGGAGGGAAUUAAAACAAUUGAGUUUUUGUGCAAAGAAGAAAUUAGCAUAUAAGAAAAACAAGUCGACCUAAUAAUCAGUAUGGUAAUUUUUAAAAGCAUACCUUUUUCCUUCGCUCCUUAUUCUUCGUUGACGCCGGUCGAAGGAGGUUGGCUAAAAAUGCCGCCUAAAAGAAAGUUCAGAGAAUUUUUACAAACUGCGCACCAAAGAAGAAAAAGCACUGCUGAUAAAACCCGUUCCAAAAUGAACACGAUAUCAGGGGCACCCAACGGCAAUUUUCGAGAAAAUAUCUGUUCGGAAGACGAUUUGAGAUCUAGAUCUUUCGGAGCAUUUGUUGUAAAAUUUCUUGCUUGCCUGCCGCUCCUAGGAUUUUCGAACAUACACAAAAUGGUAUAAUUACCCAUUUUUAAGAGAUUUUGACCCUAAAAAAGGGCACCUAGAAUUUUCGGGAGCCUUUUCCUGGCUGAAAUGUUCGAGAAGGUAUGUUUUUAUCCCUAUAAUUUUCGGAUCAAUAGACUUUCAGCUAGGAAAUCCGAACAGAUGAAAAGUUUUUAGGGGAUAAAAAUAUGCCUAUAUCUACCGUUUGAAUACUAAAAUACGUUCAACAGUGCUAUGUUAAGUGGUUUUGAACUAUAUCCUCGUUUGGUGCCCCUGACGAUAUGUCCCAAAGUGGUCAUUUUAUAUUUUCGCACAGUGGCAAAAUGCAAGGCUGAACAAACAAGCAGCGAACGAAGACGCAGCGUUCGACGUGGAACUGGACAAAAUCCAAAGUCUAGAUACGAACAUUAUUAACAUGACGUUGAAUUUUUGGUUGACAAAAUUUACUGAAGACGUCUGGAAGGAGGAUGGCUGAGAUUGCGAUGAAAAUGAUUAGGACUAUUUCUUAAAAAUCACGAGUAAUCUUUAUAUAAAGAUCACUAGUGAUCUUUAUAUAAAGAUCACGGUAAUCAUAUUAUCAUUAAUAAUUCAGUGGUAAAUUCAUUGCUUAUGUAUUGUUCCCCGAUUUCCCCCGAGACCGAAAUCAAAACCCUCUCCGGGCUUUUCAGAAUGAUCAUUCUAUACCGGCUAUAAAGAUGCAAGCUCGUGACUGAUUUCUGUCAUCUGAUAGGAUAAUAGGCUCAUGAAUUAUUUAUGAGUUUUUGAAAUGUAAAUCCCUUUUCGUGGAUAUUUAAUACAAUUUCCAGUGAAAAAAGUUGCCUGAUUUCGAAGCCUUUCCUGACUCGUUUACUUGACGUCAGGACACUAGAUUUUUCCCGCUUGCUGAAUCCUGAUUGGUCAAUUCAAAUUUCCCGCGCGCCAGCUGUAUGCAAGGAGAGAAGUUUGAAUGGAUUUUUGGACCACGUUUUGAGGUCCAUAAGUUGAUCUCUGUUUACCCUAAAGGCAUGAAACUUGGUCAAAUGACUAAUCUCAACGUGAUCUUUCAUGCAGUGGUGUCAGUGUUAGGACUGGUUAAGAUAUGAACUCGCCUACUGGCCAGUGUAUGUUAAGCGUACAUCUGUAGGCGUGCUGGACUGUGGAAUAAAGAUUCGCGAAAUGAAAGUCUUCUGACAUCUUUCUUGCCAUUGCAGACAGGGCUGAAUAACGUCUGCGCAUGUGCGAGAUCUCAUGGCUCCCGCUAGCGCCAACGGCCUGGGCACCAUUAAAACCUCGAAAAAAUGGCAAUUUCAAUCCCGUCCAAGAACCGAGCAAUGGCCUCGUCAAACCGCCUCAGGCGACCUUGUCGUGUUUCUCCAGCUUGUGUUCGCUUAACACCUAGCAAGCCCACGCACUGGGCUUUGCAUGUGCUCAAAGAACAAUAGGAUGGACGUAAAUAAAAUCCAAAACCCGGCGUAACUCUGAUGUCAUCUCCCAAAUCCUCGAUAAAUCUCUCGUGUUUACGCCCUGUUUUCACCAACUGUACAAGCUUUAAACCCCAGUGUAAAAAAGGUAUGUGCCGACCAAUGGUCGAGGGAGCUAUUGUUAAGAUUUCUUUCUACCGUUUUCAGUGUGGCUCUACCUUUUCACCAUAAACUGGGCACCAUACGAAAAACGCCGCCAUUUUUUCGAAGUUUUGUAUGGUGCUCAGGCCGUUGGCGCCAGCGCGACCCAUGAGAUCUCGCACAUGUGCAGACGUUAUUCCGCCCUCCUGCCAAUUGCAACCCGAAAAUUGACACAAAUUUUCUCAAUUUUUACCGAGCGGAUUUCGUCUCACAGGAGGGAAUUCUCUGGGCACAUCUUUGAGAGUGACCGAGAAAAAGCAAUUUGAAAUCUUCGCUUUUGCUUGAACUUUAAUUGGUCAAGUUAAACGGCUCAUUUGGAUCCAAACGGACAUUAUUAUUAACUAUCAUUAUUAUACUGAUUACGCAAAAUAUUUUAUAAGCCUAUGAAGUUUUCUUUUACAUGUAACAGUAGCGCUUGAUAAAAAAAAAGCAAACAAACAUCGAAAGUUUCGUGUUCAAGAGUAGCUUUCUAAUUUAAUUAUUUAGCUAAAAUUUGACUGCUAUGUAGUAAAUAAGAAUUCGCUUGCAGCGCUGUCUUGUAACCAACAAGUUUUAUGGAAGGUAAUUACCUUGAAAAAUUAAACUUAACCUUUCAUGUACAGUAAUUUCUAUGCGCACGUUUUUUUUUUAAGAAGCACUUAAAUUAACUGGGUAUGUCGGUCAGCGGAAAAUGUUUUAGACCUAGAGUAUUCAAUAUGGCGGACUGAGAUACUGAGGGACGAAGGACUUAAAUUUGUGCGAAAAAUUAUCUGCCAAUGGAACGAGGAGACGAGAAGGUGAAGGCUGGACAAUCAGGGGCGUAGCCAGUCUUUUUGCAUAGAGGGGUUCCUACUGUUUAUUGCUUACCUAAUUGACAAGCGAGCGCCGGAGGCGCUCUUUACUAGGAAGGGGCGAGGGGUUCCGAGAGCAUGCUCCCCCGGAAAAUUUUUAAAUUUGGGGUCUUCAGAAAUGGCGUUUCCUUGAUUCUGAGCACAAAUUUCCAAUGAUUUCAGCGCCAAACGUAGUUAGCAUUUCUAAGAGGAGAUUGUAAAUCUCGUUUUCUGAAGAGGUCCACCGUAAUAGAAUUAAAAAUGGGUAAUAUAAGAGUUGUUUAACAUAUAUAAAUUAAAUUGUUCAUCAAAUGCUGUAGACUUGUGUUUUACGUUCACUCGGCUAGGAUUUCAGAAGAAAGGAGGUGCCGUGGAUACUUCCGUGCAAACAUGUCGAUAUAUGCUUUAAUACCAUAAUAAACGUUCAUUAGCGCAACGUACAUGCCUGAACUGCAUUGUUGGGUAGGUCGUGAUCCUCGUUUAGCCACUUACGCCGCCAACGGAAAACACCCACAUCAAAUGAAAACCUGGGGUGAUGGUAGGUCAUCUGCAUUGUACUGCAAAGCAGCUUGUCAGCACAGGGUUUCCUUCUCGAGAAAUUAGCUGGGCCGGAAGUAGGCAGGGGAGGCUCGUAUGAUCCGUCCAAUUUAUGCACCCUCAUAAUAUUGUAGCCUGUGAUAUAAAUAAUACCUAUUUUCAUAACCCAAAAGGGGGGUCCAGAACCCCUGGAACUCUCCCCUGGCUACGUCCCUGCAGUCAAUGCUGCAGGGCGGGACCAAAUUUAUGCAUUCUCAUUACAUCUGUUGACAUAAUGCAUGAAUUAGAAAUUCGACGUUUGAGUCGGUGUCGAGAAAAUGAGAAAUUAAAAGUUGCUCAAAAUCCGUUACAGACUUAUUUUGUAAAAUUUUGGCUCUGAACGCGAUUUAUCUUUACCAAUCACCUGUGACAAUUUCAUUAUAGGUUUUAUGGUAAGUUUUCGAGCAAUCCUUGAUUAAACGCGUGCUCAUGUGACGCCAUGUCUUGCGUACGAGAAAGGAAGAGUAAAUUGAGCGCUUUUUUUAUCGCUGUUUAUCGACCUUUUUUGUCAUAUUUUAUUGGUCCUAGGCUUAAACACAUGUUUGAACGGAGUUUGAAACUAUCACUUAAUAUACUUAAUAUACUAUCACUUAAUAUAUAGUGAUUUAACGCCUUUCUUGCGUCAUUUUUGAUCUCGCAAUUACUACGUCUGGCAAGCAAUCGUAGUGAGUGCUACUGAGACUCGGAAAAGCUGUAGAAAGCCUCCGUAAGAGUAAAAAUUUUCCACAAGAUCACCCGUACAAAAACCUAGCUUGUGUACAGCCGCCCCCUUCCCUAAAAAAUCAGGAUUAGCGAUGCCGCUACACAAACGUCUCUCUCCCUCAUAUUUUUCAGGAGAGAGGGUGCUUGAACACAAACUAACUAGGCGCAAAAGAAAAACAACACUUCGAUGUCUCUGACUCCGAUGCCGAAAUGAACUUUCAAACAGACUUCAAUAUUUACUACUGAGGAGCCGGAGUAGUUUAAAUUUCACCCUUUGGUGUGAUCAAAAGGCAGAAAUGUCCAGGAAAACUAAUUAAACUUUGGAGGAGGCCGGAAGAAUCCCUAUCGGCUAUAGGAGAAGAAAGGAAGAGGAAUAGAUGUCAGAACACACUUGGACCAUGGUGGCUGAAGGGAAGUGUAUAAAGAAGCGUCCGAGUGACAAUUAUAACAAUCAAAGCUUCGAGAAAGAAUUAGCCAUGAGAAAUGAAAUGGACAAUGAAGAGAAAAUUAAAGAUAGCAAGAUAUGAUAAGUAGAAGUAUUCAGGGAGACCAAUACGCCGGAGACCGAAAAGGGGUAGUACACAAAGUAUGAGAUGAGCAAACUGAAUAUUCUAAACGCACGGUUUAAAUUAAUAAACAAAACUUUUGACUCAAAGUUAAUUUCCCCUUCUCUUUUAGGCUUUUCUUCUCACGGCGAUUACUGACCACUCUUUCCUAGCCUUGUUCUUAGUCUACUUGUCACCGACAGCAGAGAUAAAUGCCUGCCUUGCUUGCCUACCUGCAACAGUAUCUUUCCAAGAGUGAAGUGCAUGGGACUUCGUUUCAAGGUAUCUUUGAAGAAAAAGGCGACACAUCAUUCUAGAGCCUUUUGAUACUUCAUCACAGCGAAGUGCUUUAAAUGGUCGUUUAAAUUUGCAUUCGAACAGCACGAACUAUCUAAACCAGUCUCCUUCUUUUGAAGAUGAUAUCAAUGUCUGUGGCUUUUGAACGAUCCAGAACUUUAUCAUUUGUGACGUGUGAUCUCAAUUUAUCUUAAGAAUGGAUCUAAUGUGCAAUUGUUAAUUGGUUCUAAGUAGUACGAAAUGAUGGCAAUGGAUAUACGGUCAAGCUCUUACUUCCGUACAUUAUUAGGGGGACAACACAUUGACUGUAUUCUUUGAGUCUGGGUCAUGUUGUCAAACGCCUAUUUCUGAGUCUUCCUAGGCCUAUUACACACGAGCCGGUUUCGGUAGGUGCGGUUAUCUCGUCAAUUAACUUGCAGUCUGUGGUGACAUAGCAGCCAAGAUAUUUGAAACGAUCUACUUUGUUCAACGUAAGUCCAGCUAUAGAGAAAUCAGCUUGUUAGUGGGCACUCAAAGUCUCGUUUUCGUUAUAAUAAUCCGAAGACCCAUCUUUUUUUUAACAGACUGCUGUAGACGAAAGCAUCAUUGCGUACUGAAUACAUAACGGCAAUAUCGUCUGCAUACUAGACUUCUCUUUAAAUAUGUGGUGAGUGUCUUUAUCUUAUGUGAUAGAUUUCAAGCGUCGAAACCUAAAUGCUAUAUGAUAGACUGAUGUUGAUAAGAGCGAGGUGUAACGUAAUAGCAGUUUACCUUCCAAGAAAAAUAAGGGACUACUUUACAAAGUUCAAACGUAUCGCCAUGAACAUCUGAAGAUACUGAUGGUUCCCAAAGAAACUUCAUAUUCCUCGAACAAGAAGGGGUAUAUAUCUUACCAUAACAGCCUGAAAUGUUUAGAUAACUAUUGUUAGUUACAUUUUCAAACUUUUAAAGACGAAUCUCGGAACGAAGUUAGGUUCCCAAGCUCUAUCAACAUCAAGGACAUCAAUUCACACCCUCUUUUGGGGUAGCGGCAAAGCUAGAAAAGCUGAUGUUGGCUUUGACAUCUCCAUUUAACCAAAUCAUAUAAAUCCGGUUCCUAUAAACAGUAGCUUGAUGACGGCUGAGGCUCCUCUCACGUAGAGAGACUAACACUAUCAAGCACAAAAAGCUGCAAACCUUAAAGAUAGGAAGAGCGUAUGUGAAAUCGGCGAGAUGUGAAAAUGGGACUUAAAAAAAACUGAUCUCUUCUGGACUCCUGAAAACAAGAGACGGAAAGGUUCUUUCAGAUGAAGGGAAGAUGAAGUAUCUUGCCUUCUACGCCAUCCCAGACAUCUCAGAGGCGGAAGAAGACCUUGAGAUCUGUCUCCAUGAUCUAACACAAGAUGAGGCCCAAAAGAUAUUGAUAGCAAAGUUUGAAAAUAUUUGACGAAGACGCAAUCUAUCUAGUUAAAUCUGAAGCUUAAAACCGGAGAUCCCUAAAAUCCGUUGUCAUAUCCUCUAAGGAGAGAGAGAAGAACGGUGGCGUCAAGGAGAAAAGUAAAUGCGACUUGUGAUCAAAAUACCAAUUAAAGCUACAUAUACAAAGACAAACUAACUAUUACCCAUUUAAAAACAAGAUCAAAUAGGCGAAGUCCUGCAGGGCCCAUAGCUUUGUUCUCCGUCAGAUCAUUCCCCCACGAAAACAAAAAUGUCAUCAUCAUCCGAAAGCCAGUCAGCACAACAGUCAGCACAAUCCGGAGCUACCUAGAGGUUAGAUUAAUUUACGUUCCCUGCAUGGCAGCAAAGUGACAACAGAUAGAAGCUACAAAAAGGCCGUGAACAGGAUAACUUUUAUCCAUACGAUGAGUGAACGAUUUCGGGCAGUACAGUACUCAUGGACGUCACUCAAUCAUCCGAGGCUUAAGGUCUCGGUAAACGAAAACGAGGUGCCCACAGAAAAAAAUUCUAGUCGCGCCAGUAUUUUCGCUACAAAGGCAAGUUAUACAUCAAAUUAAAGCUAAAAGACUAAAUUACCUUAUAACAGAUUUUAUUUCAUCGAAUUUCAAAAGGCGCUUAAGUUUUUUGCUCUCGAACUCAGAGGUAUCGAGUUUACUGCUGAAGCUCCAGCCCUUUCGCGUUGUUAAAUAUUCACUUCCUUUUUAUUGCAUCUGAUUGACAGAUAAAAGACCUAAAAAAGGGUGUGAGGAAAUUUGCAUAUGUCUCGUAUUAGUGGAAUUAUUGCAUUUCAAACUAAAAAGUCGAAUCUCGAGCGCGAUUUACGCAAAGAAACUGACAUAAAAUGAGUUACAAAGGGAAAUCGGAAAAUUCCUCACACCCUUUUUUAGGUCUUUUAUCUGUAAAUCAGAUGCAAUAAAAAGAAAGUGAAUAUUUAACAACGAGAAAGGGCUGGAGCUUCAGCAGUAAACUCGAUACCUCUGAGUUCGAGAGCAAAAGACUUAAACGCCUUUUGAAAUUCUGGUAAUGUUGGCAAACAUUUUUUUUGGACCAGGGAGUCACUGAUGUGCCUAUGGGCUUUUUUUCAUCACCAUCUUUUUUUUCCAGGCAAAUUGGAUUGGGAUCUCGCAAAUUGUGUGAAUAAAUUUGGUUAUGCCGACAAGGGUUCUGUUUUUUUGCAAACCGCCAUGAGCUCUUGUUUGGCGAGAGCUUAAGAUCGGAACGUUUUAGGACGGUUGAGCCAGAGGAAGGUAGAAUGAUUGUAAUAGGAGAUGAAAGUUAAAGUACCGAGGUUUUAUUCAGGUUAACUUGCCGGCGGGCCAGUCCUUAUUUGUUUUCGCGUUUACCAGGCGGGCGUGGAGCGCGAGAUAGGGUGCCUGUCGUGCGCUCCACGCUCACUUCGUACUUUUCCACAGUUAGAUGAACACUUAAAAUAUUAGUUGCAGUUACACUUGCCCUCUUCCCCAAAGGCUCCCCUUGAGGAAAGAGCUUUGGUUGGGCUCACUCUGGGCUGGGAUCAAUUUCUUGUUUGCGUUUACACGCUGUUUAUUGCCCAUGGGGAAGAAAAACUUGGAACCCAUUUCGCGGUAAGUAAACACGAAAGAGUGACAAAAAUCGUGGAACGUUUUUGACCAUUUUGACCCUUUUAAUUAAACCUCCACAUCAGUUAAGUUUAGCGAUAGCGAUUCAGCACUUGAUUUCAGACAACAAAGGUGUCCUGCAUUCACGCAUUAUCCGGUGCUUGCAGCUGUUGUCUUUCAAAAAAGAUAAAUUGUCGCUUGUUAGUCAAAUUACACUUGGUUCCAACGACUUCUUAAGGAAAGAAUUCUGGACCACUGAUGGAGAGAAAACUUCCGAGAGUCUCAACUAGCUUUUGAAUUUAUUAAACGUAAAAACAUUCACAGCAGCGCUUGAAAUCAUGUUGUGUUAAGUCCAGUUGUCGGUAGGAUUUUGGCGUCAAUAUGAACACAGCACGUAAACAACACAUGAUUUCUAGUGUUGGUACAUUUCACUUCCUCGUGAUCGGUUGAGUCACUUUGGGGUCCCAUUAACCCAUAGAUCUUACCUCGGGAACUGUCUUGGGGAAUUCUAUUAUUCUUUUUGACGUAUGCAUGGAAAUUUCCCUGAGGAAAUUUCCCUGAGGCAAUUUCACUUUGGGAAAGUCGGUUUACACACAAAAAGUCGCCUCCCCAUGUGGGCAAGAGCCAUUUACCCAAGUACAAAGGCUAGGGUAACCGCACCUAUUUUUUAGUGAAUCAUAACUGAUGUCUUAAUGUGAUAACAUUUGUUAGGAUUACUGCUCUUUACAAAGCAAGAAUUUGUGGUUGUGUACUAUUAGAGUGAUUUUAUUUGACCCGUGAAACAGUAUCUAACAGCAAGUACCAUAUAGUUGCAAAGUAAACAAAACAAAACAAUAAAAUUAGAGAGUAAUACUGCGAAGUAUUCCAGUAUUUAUUUCACAGGUUAAGUGAAAACACUCUAACUUCAAUAAUUUUGCCCUAUAAUAGCAUACCCUUAGAGGCAGGAGCAUUUGUGCGCUAAUAGAAAUAUGUUCCAUGGUAAAUCCUAGUUAAGUUUACCACAGCUUUAGUGUAGGAAAUGCCAUUUACCGUGGUUUAUGUAAGCCCACGUAGUGAAAUAAGUUCUUUAUAAAAUAAAUUAUAUAAAACCUUUAUGGCUAAGUAAAAUUUAAGAAAAUUAGUUAGUCCCUGCUGUGUAACAGUGCAGGUUUUAAAAUUUACUACAUUCGUAUCCACUAGUUUAAACUUGAUGGAUUGUAACAUUGGUACAUUUGAAAUAAUUAUGGGGAGUACAAGGAUUUAUCACCUUCACAACUAGUGGAAUUUUAGGGGAAAACAUUUUUGCUGCUGUUACACAUUGCAACUGUUUAACUUAUUUGUAAUAAUUGCUUGUUAUUCUUGCUUAACAGAUUGUAAGUGGUGUGUUUAUCUAGCAUAUACUUCUGCUUUUGAAGCACCAAUCCAAUAACUAUCACCUUUACGGCAUACAAAAUUUUGAAAAAUAUAUGUCCCUGCUGUUGUAUAUUGCAGGUUUUACAAAAUACCGUAGUAAUUACUCAGGAUUCUUGAUACAACAAAUGGUAACUUAAAUAUAAUUGUUAUUCAGUACUGUUUUACAAUAUGUUGUCUUUUGCAGUACAUUGUAUUUUCCUCAGAACUUUAAAAUCUAAAAACUUUCGACAGGAGCUGGAAAGCUAUGCGCACUUUUUCGAGGGCAGUGGGCAUAUUUCUGGCAUAUUUAUGGUAUGUUUUUGAAGUCGUUCUAAACUAAAAGACUUUCAGCACGUGUUCGUCCCGAGUUUUUAUUCUGAUAAAACGCUGUUACUGGUUUUGUUUUGUUUUGUUUUAUAACAUAGUAUUAUGCAGUUCUUGAAAACUUUGCAGUUCCUUGAAAAGUCUUUGAAAACUUUCCAGAUCCUUGAAGUUAGUGAAAACUGUUUUUGCAGAUCCUUGAAAAGUAAUCAGUGAAAAAGCUGACUUUGCAGAUCCUUAAAAAGUUCUUGAAAAGUUUCUAGAUUUUUGAAAAGUUCUUGGAUUCAGUGCGAUCUUCCUAUUCUGUUGGGAAGCAUUGAAUUCUUGAUAUUAUACAGAGGGAAUAGAAACCAACAUCAACAGUGGUCAUAGUUGUAACUCAAGAAAAACAUUUUUAGUCUUGAAGUCGACUUUGCUUAUAAGACUUAAGAAAAAUUUUUUGCUGAGGCAAAUUCUCUAUCGGAAUAAUUGAACCAAGCCUUAUAGCAAGUAUUUCACUCAUAAGAGGUUUAUACUAGAAAUUUUUAUUGAAAUAUGUAAUUAGGAAUGAACUUGUUAAUUUAUUUACGUGUCACUUGCAUUGUGCAUCACAUCCGAACGAAAGUGACUAAGUUGGGGAUCACGAAAUUCACAUUUGCGCAAUGUUUUGAUGCAAUUUAUUAUCAAUAAAGGACAGACGCACAAAAAACUGACGUCAAUUUGUUAAGUGGAUCAGUGAAACAGGGCUUAAUAAUAUCUGCAUGUGCGAUGUCAUCACAACCAUUACAGUACCAUUCUCGUCCCCAGUGCUACUUGUCUCAAAAUUUUGUUGACGAGUAGCUCUGUUCGCACCAAAAAAUUCGAAUUUUUUUAUUGCCUGACAAUAAAAUGCAUGUGCAGCAGAAAUGAAAUAAAGUUCUACGCAUUCCAUUUUACUUCCGGCCCGGAUGGUAGCACGCUCGCUGGUGCGCCUUAUGAAAAAAUGCGAAACCAAUGGCGACCAUUUCCGAUCAAUCGGAAGGAAUCGUAACCGAACCAGUAUGUCGACUGCAACGAUGUCAUUUUCGAUUGUAAUCAUCGCCUUCUGUUGUAGCAGCCGAGAAGGUGAGAAGAAACGUUGAACUCUGAGAAUUCAAUCAGCUGAUACAUCAAUUACUUUGUCGCUGACCAUACCUCAGGAAAUCAUAAAAUUAAAGGUUCGAAUCGGCAGCGGGUUUCAGGAAACAAGGAAACCUUGAGCCAGAUGAAAAGGCGAAGAAAUACCACACUUGCUAAACAAUUUUGUCACGUGCUGGAAUAACGAGAUGUCCGCGAACAAGGCAUAAGUAAAAAGAACUACAAAGUACAAUAUAAGGCACGCAACAAAAGUGUGACAUGAGCAGUUGGUUUUGGGGGCCGGCUGCCGCCAGGGCACUAAGGCGAUAUGGCGCUAAGUUGUAAACUUUAAUUUUUGUUUAAUUUAUUAAUUUCAAUGACUUAAUUAGUCUAGAGGCAAGGAAGUGGUGGACGUGAGACGGGAAAGGCGCAUGUGUACCCUACGUAAAACAUGUUCCAUAUACGACAUUUAGGUGUGAACAUCGCAAAGUUAUUUAUUUGUUUCAAGUAACCCCUUGCUGUCCUUGUGGUACUAUUCGCUUUAGAACAAAACCAAUUUGCUCUAAACGCAUGCGCAGAUUAGUUAGCGUUAGUGGCUUCUAUAUUAGGGGGAGGGUAUAUUGCAUACGGAAUCACGCACGUAUGUUGAAAAAUAUUGGACUGUUUAACAAAGCCGUAAAAGUGGGAUUCCAACGGAUAUAUGCGAAUCAUGAAGUGCAAUAUCUGACCCAAACGCAUCUUAAGUUUAAACAUUUGAUGGGAAAUCAUUAAAACUUUGAACUGUGUAAGCGGGGACCAACGUAACAAAGUAGAAGCACCGGAUCCUAAUAGAGGAUCUAAUCAGCUAUGUAAAUGUAAAUAGACAGAAAAAAGACUGUCAUUUGUAAGACCGUGAAGAAGAAAGGCCGUGCCUUUCGAAAUAUUGGCAAAUAUAUAGUUCCUUCACUGUUAAAUCAGCAUUUCUUUUUUCUGUCUAUUAAAACUUUGGACUGUUUAACAAAGCCGUAAAAGUGGGAUUCCAAAGGAUAUAUGCGAAUGAAGUCCAUUAUCUCACCCAAACGCAUCUAAAGUACAAACAUUUGAAGGGAAAUCAGUAAACUGGGGACUGUUUAACACAGCCGUAAAAGUGGGAUUCCACUGGAUAUAUACAUAUAUAUAUAUAUGCGAAUGAAGUCCAAUAUCUGACCCAAAUUCAUCUGAAACUACAAACAUAUCACGGAAAAUCAUGUAAGACUUUGGACUGUGGAUUGUUUGGCAUAGCCUUGAAUGUGGGAUUCCAAUUGAUCAUGAUAUAUCCGAAUAAAGUCCAAUAUCAAGCCAAAACGCAUCUAAACUACAAACAUUUAGCUGGAGCUCAGUAAAACUGUGGAUCAUUUUGCGUAGCCGUGAAAGUGAUAUUCCAAUGGUGAAUGAGAAUAAGGUCCAAUUUCUGACGUAAACGCAACUAAACUGCAAACAUUUGACGGGAAAUCAGUAAAACUUGGAACUGUUUGGCGUUGCCGUAAAAGCGGGAUUCCAAUGGACGUAUGUAUGGGAAUCAUAUGAAGUGCAAUAUCUAGCCAAUGACGCAUCUAAACUACAAACAUUUGAUGAGAAAUCAGUAAAAAUGUUGAUUGUUUGGCAUCGCCGUGAAAGUGACAUUCCAGUGGAUAUAUGCGAAUGAAGUCCAAUAUCUCGGACCCAAAUGCUACUAAACUACAAACAUUUCACGUUAAAUCAGUAAAACUGUGGAUGGCCUUGCAUAGCCAUAAAAGGAGAUUCCAAUGGAUGAAUGAUAAUUAGCUCCAAUAUCUGUCCCAAACGCAUCUAAACUACAAACAAUAGACUCAAAAUCAGUAAAACUGUAGAUUGUUUGGUAUAGCCGUAAAGGUGGUAUCCGUAAGAAUAAAUGAGAAUCGAAUUAGGUCCAAUCUCUGACCCAAACGCACCUAUAUUACAAACAUUGAACGGGAAGUCGUUAUUAUUGGGUCUUUUAUUGGAUCAAACGCAUGUUUGAACGGAGUUUAAAACUAUCGCUCCGCAUACCAAAGUAGCGUGCGCUAUUGAAUCGCGGAAAACUAUUUUAAACCAUCUUAAGGACAAAAACUUUCCUCAGGAACACUUUAAAGUGAUUUGAUGGCAAUCCUGAAAGCCAAAUCAACAAAGUUUUCAUUUAACAGUAAGGGGAGACGCUAGCUCAAACAAGCUUCACCAUUUAAGGACCUGACGCCAAAUGGAUUCGGCGUCCAAUAUCUGACCCAAAUUCAUCUGAAACUACAAACAUAUCACGGAAAAUCAUGUAAGACUUUGGACUGUGGAUUGUUUGGCAUAGCCUUGAAUGUGGGAUUCCAAUUGAUCAUGAUAUAUCCGAAUAAAGUCCAAUAUCAAGCCAAAACGCAUCUAAACUACAAACAUUUAGCUGGAGCUCAGUAAAACUGUGGAUUAUUUUGCGUAGCCGUGAAAGUGAUAUUCCAAUGGUGAAUGAGAAUAAGGUCCAAUUUCUGACGCAAACGCAACUAAACUGCAAACAUUUGACGGGAAAUCAGUAAAACUUGGAACUGUUUGGCGUUGCCGUAAAAGCGGGAUUCCAAUGGACGUAUGUAUGGGAAUCAUAUGAAGUGCAAUAUCUAGCCAAUGACGCAUCUAAACUACAAACAUUUGAUGAGAAAUCAGUAAAAAUGUUGAUUGUUUGGCAUCGCCGUGAAAGUGACAUUCCAGUGGAUAUAUGCGAAUGAAGUCCAAUAUCUCGGACCCAAAUGCUACUAAACUACAAACAUUUCACGUUAAAUCAGUAAAACUGUGGAUGGCUUUGCAUAGCCAUAAAAGUGAGAUUCCAAUGGAUGAAUGAUAAUUAGCUCCAAUAUCUGUCCCAAACGCAUCUAAACUACAAACAAUAGACUCAAAAUCAGUAAAACUGUAGAUUGUUUGGUAUAGCCGUAAAGGUGGUAUCCGUAAGAAUAAAUGAGAAUCGAAUUAGGUCCAAUCUCUGACCCAAACGCACCUAGGGGAGACGCUAGCUCAAACAAGCUUCACCAUUUAAGGACCUGACGCCAAAUGGAUUCGGCGUCAACUUGCCAAAGCGUACCUCUCACUAAAUUGUUGAUGUACAAGAACGUACAAUGUGUACAGCCGCCCCCUCAGGCUUCUCUCACGUAGAGAAACUAAUAUCAUCAAGAACAAAAGGUGCCAAACAUGAGUAUAGGAAGAGCGUAUAUCUUAUCACUAACAUGAGCAACUGGGACAUUAAAACAAACUGAUCUCUCCAAACUCCCGACACGGAAAGGUUUUUUCAAGGAGACGAUGAAAAUGAAAUAUCUUGCCUUGCACGCUCUGCCAGACAUCUCAGAAGCAGAAGAAGACCUGGAGGUCUGUAUCGUUAAUAGAUAUAACAAACGAUAAGGCCCAAAAGGUUUGAUGGCAAAGAUCAAAGUUGGAAAGCACUUAACGGUCACGGAACCUAUAAGGUUGAAUCUGACAGCUUAAAACAGGAAAUCCCUUAACUCUGUUCGUAUAUUUUCUUAGAAGAGAUGGAGAGGAACAGCUGCGUCAAGAAGUAAAGCAAAUUGGACUCAUAAUCAAAAUGCCAAAGCUGAUUCAUUCCAAAGAGACAACCUGCCGUAAUCGAAGAAUUAUUAGCUAACCAAAAGCAAUAUCGUGCAGUUCUUCUAAUUUUUUUUUAUAAAGGUACACUCUAAACCUGUGCUUUCAUACUGUUGCAUAGCAUUCCUUUUCAUGUCUUGUUCUGGCCCUAUCAACUUCUGAUUUCAGUUGCCUUAGUUUCUUUCUGCAAUCUUUCUCCAAUAAUCGUCCGUGGGCCAUUAUUAAAAGUGUUCCUUCCAACGUUCAAGCUGAUCAUCAGCCUUGGCAAAGAUUCCACUCGGCUUACCUUAAUUGAUUAGGUCUCCUUCUACCAAGAAUUCAUGUUGUUACAUUGAACUAGCCUGUUAAAGGAGCUCAGUCACGCCGGGUAUUUUGAGUUAUUUUGAGCAUCGACAAAAUUACUGUUAAAUUGAAGGAAACCUGAAAAUAAUACUUUACCAAGAUAGAAAAACACUAAAGAGAUCAUAACAAAGCAUAAAGGAACAAGGAUCUGAAGGAUGGAGAAGAUUGACACGGAUUGAAAAACAACGAAAUUGAAAAGUUUAUCUAAACUUUUCAAACCGUUUAACCGUGACUGAGCCCCUUUAACAUCGCCCUAACUUGAAGCUUUUAAAGCAUCUGUGGCUAUCUUGUUGAUAGAGGACCUCUUGUCUGUUCGACAUGCUAUAUGUUUACUUGCUUUCCUUUGAUUCCAUGCUGUUGCAUUGCAUUUCCUCUAGUCAGUAUACGCCCUUUCAGCUUCCGUUUUCAGUUGCAUUGCUUUCACUUCUUUCUUCAAUCUUCCUCCGAGCGUCCGUGAGCCAUGCCAUUUCUUUCUGUUUGUCUCUUUCUUCUCAAAACAUCUUCACUUGUCUUUAAUAGUAUUCCAGUCCUCAUCACUUCUCCUUCUUGGCUUCUUGUCCCAAUCUAGGAUCCAAUAGCUCAAAGCGAUUUUUUAGUUUUAACUAGAAUUCCCUAUCUUCCGAAUUAUGUUUUCCCACGCCAUAUCGCCUUGAAAAGAACUUCUGGAAUCACCGUCGGUUAAUUUUGAAGUCAUCAGUUUUGCUCUCGGUUCCUGCAUUUGGUGAGCUAAGAGAGAACUGGCAAUGCUCGAAUACGCGUGUAUUAUUUGUCGGGGCAGAAAAGUUAUCUUGUCAAUCUUAUAGAUGAAACUGACCGAGCUUUGCUAAAGCGUAAGUGGCGAGUACAUGACUGAGCUAAAUAAACAUUAUUCUGCAAAACUCAAAAUGUCUAAACUGUGAACUCCGUCUAUCGUCAAUUGAAAAUUUUUUAAAGAAAAAGGCUUGUUUAUUUGUUUUUGAUUGCCUAAAAGGCAAUGUUUGUAGUCCUUUCAAAGAUUAUUUUAAUCUUUUAAUCCACGAUUUUAAUACGAGGAACAGCGGGACCACCAUUGCUUUGCCGAAUGUGAAACUUGACUUUGCUCGGAAAAGUUUUUACUUUUUAGGCGCUUCAGCUUUUAAUUCUUUACCUUUGAAAAUCAAGCAAAUUAGCUGUAGGAUACUAUUCAGGGAGUCUUUAGAUCAAUUUUUUGUAUAGUGUAGUUAGUUAGUUGCGUAGUCAUUCUUAUCUUAUUUUAGUUUUUAUCCUUAUAUUAUGUUAUUAUGACAGGACCCCUUUCCUAACAGUGCUCUUGCACUGAAGGGUUAUCCUGUAUAAAUAUUCGUUAUCAUUAUCAUUAUUAUUAUUAUUAUUAUUAUUAUUAUUAUUAGCGAUUGAAAGGCUUACCGAAUGCCAGUUGGACGAACUUCUCUUGGGCGAAUGACAUUACGAAAACGUGGCUUGGCCGCUGAUCAGUACUGUUCAAAAUGGCUACAACGAUGUCGAAUUUUGGGCUUCUUUGGGGACGAAUUUCAUAAUUGUAAGGAAAACCUGCACUUUAGAGGCUGAAAUCUCAGUGAACUUGGUGCGAGGGUUAGCGUUGACAAAAACUAUACGUUUUUUUUGGCUGAUGUACUUGUAGCUUCUUCGAGUUAAUUCUUUUUUUUUUUUUUUUUUUUUUAAUAUUUUUUAAUUAAAGCAUUUCUUACGUUUACUUAUUAUAUACAUACUGAGAAAUACUCACCAAAAAGCUAUGUCGUAAAUUUUCGUACGCAAAUUAGUUAUAGCCAAUCAGAGGAGCGAACGAUGGUUUUCACACGUGAAAAAAACGAUACGUCCAAUCAGAAUCGCGAACGAUGUUUUUUCACGUGUGAGAAAAAUGAUACGUCCAAUCAGAAGCCACAGAGGUGUGCGAGUUUCGCGCCAAAAUUCCCGCCUUUUAUUGCAGCUUGCAGCGCCGCUUCGCACACAUUUAUCAACGAGAAAAGUUUUACUCAAGGAGUUUUUCUCGCUAAAAAAGUGAAAAACAUUUCGGAAAUGGAGUGGAAUAGUUUCGUUUGUUUCACUGUCGAUAAAAAAAUACGGUAGAGAGCCGGCGAAACAACAGCGGAAAGGGAUAAACAGAACGAGACGUAAGCUUUUGUUGUGCUUUUUGUCGGAGCUACUUUGCCUUUCAUUUAAGCUUAAGCUUAUAUUGAAACCGGCCAUUUUACUUAAAUUCACUCAUUUUCAAUUGUGCAUUGAGAACAAACAGUUAAGAUUACUUAUAGUUCUUGGAUUAAACCUCAUAUCCUCACCGUCAUUUAUGUUUUUAACAAACGUUUUUACUAAAAAGCUGAUACUUCGUUUUCGUUGUCAUUUUGCGUAAGUGUGUAGCGGCAAAUUUUAGCAUUUUUGAAAGAUUUAAAAUAAAAAGGCCUGCAAAAUGAUGAAUGACUCAGUAUGUAUAUAAUAAACACAAUACCACAUGGAAAGUGCUUUGUACGGUAUUUACGCACUCGUUGUUUUUGUAUCAGAAAUCUUACUCUUUCGCUGCGCUCACUCGUUCGAUUUCUGAUACGUCAACAACUCGUGCGUAAAUACCGUACGCCAGCACUUUCCAUGAAGUAUUCUCUAUAUACAAAAUAAAAAUUAAGAAAGAGAAAAAAAAAAUAUAGUACAAACAAAUAUAGUACAAACAAACAAACAAACAAACAAAAAAACAAAGCUAAACAAAGCUAUUACAGCAAUAAGUUACUUAGCAUGAAAAUUACAAUGACAUCUCUUUAAACUUAUUGUUGAAAUUAAUCAUAACAUCACUUUUACGUAAAAACGCUUAUUAACUUUUCCCACUUUCUAAAAUGAUUGUUUAAUUUGUCUCUUUUCCUGGCAAUAUGGAGUUCGAUGUUAUAAAUACGCCUUGUCCUGGCUAUAAAACCUUGAAGAGAAGGUAUACCAUUCUGGUAUUUCCGAGAGUAAAUAUAAAACUUACCCAGAAGCAACAUAUGGUUAAACAUGAGAAAAUCUUCUGCAAUAUCGAACUUACCAAAAAUGACGUCCUCCUUUCGCUGAUGACAUGACCUGCUUUAUCAAAGAUAGUAGUUCUUAUACCAACCUAUUCGUUACGCGCUGAAUACUUUUGGUGAAUGUUCUGGUUUAAAAAUAAAUAAUGAAAAAACCGAAGCCUUAGCUUUAGGAAAUAGUAGUUCUCUUUGGGAGGGGUAUUCUGAUAUGCCUAAUCUUUGUGACACUAUUAAAAUUCUAGGCGUCUACUUUGGCUAUGACGUUAAACAAAGAGAUGAAUUGAAUUUUAGUAAUACUUUGAAAUCACUUAAGAAGACGAUCAAUUUGUGGAAAUGGCGUGGUCUUUCUCUCUUAGGUAGAAUACAAAUUGUAAAAACCUUUGCCAUCCCUAAGUUUAUGUUUAGAGCGUCGGUGUUGCCAAUUUCUAAAGACCUUAUCAAAGAGGCCGACUCGCUUUUUUACUAUUUUAUUUGGAAUGGGAUAGAUAAAGUAAAACGAAAUGUAAUGAUUUCGGAAGUUGAGAAGGGUGGCUUAAAUAUGCUCGAUAUUGAUUCUAUGGUUCGUACCAGACGAGUGAUAUGUAUGAAAAAAUAUUUGGAAGACUAUAAAAGUCCGUGGAAAGCUUUUUUAAAUGAGAUUCUUAUCCCCGUUGGUGGGAAGCUCAUAUUGCAUUGUAAUUUUGAUACUUCUAAAUUAAGAAUUUAUCUACCAAGUUUCUACAAGCAAUGUCUCGAUGCGUGGUCAGAAGUAAAUGCAAAAACACCCAGCUUGCUACAUGAAAUUGCAAAUGAAGUUACUUGGAAUAACAAGCUUCUCUGCAUUAAUAAGAAAUCUGUGUAUCGUAGAGAUAUUGCUGAUUUAGGGUUUUUAAAAAUUUGCGAUUUAUUUUCAACUAAAGAAAAUCUCAAUCCAGAGCAAGGUUUCUUCAUUAUGGGUAUUAUUAACUCUAUGCCUGCCAGUUGGCGCUCGACAAUUAAAAGGGCAACUACUGCACCGGUGAUUGAUCCACUUCCGGAUUCACCUGCUAUCCUAAUAAGUAACAAUUUGGUUCCAAUUCUUGAUGCUUCCUCAAAGCAAAUCUACCGGCUUUUCCUGGAGAAAAAACAAACAACGCCUACUGCUAAAGUAAAGUUAGCUGCAAAGUAUUCAAACAUUGAUAUUGAUUGGAAAAGUGUUUAUUCGCUAUCUUUUCGCACAACAUUAGAAUCUAAACUUAGAGAAUUUCAGUUUAAAAUUUUAAACCGUAUUGUCUUUACAAACGAAAAACUGUUUCGUUUCGGCUUGGCUGAGUCGCCAUCCUGUGCUUUCUGCCAAACAGAGGUUGAAUCCGUAGAGCAUUUACUCUUUUCCUGUAGAGUAUCAUCUAGUUUUUGGAAACAUGUCUUGUCCUGGUUGCGCGAUAAUAGCGUCUCUGUUGAUAACCUUAAAGAGGAGGACGUCUUCGAGUUAAUUCUCAGUAAAGGUCACAAACCUGUGAUUUUCCUUCCUGAAUGGCGGUUUCUGAUAUUAAAAGUCAACACACCAGGGGCACCCAACGAGAAUAUAGUUGAAAACCACUUAAACAUAGCAUUGUUAAACGUAUUUUAGUAUUUAAACGGUAGAUAUAGGCAUAUUUUUAUCCCCUAAAAAUUUUUCAUCUGUUCGGAUUUCCUAGCUGAAAGUUAAGUGAUCCGAAAAUUAUAGGGAUCAAAACUUACCUUUUCGAAAAUUUUUGCCAGAAAAAGGGCUCCCGAAAAUUCUAGGUGAUCUUUUUAGGGUAAAACCCGUUAAAAAUAGGCAAUUAUACCAUUUUUUAGAUGUCCGAAAAUCCUUGGAGAGGCUGGCAAGUAACAAAUUUUACAACAAAUUUUCUGAAAAUUCUAGAUCUCAAAUCGUCUUCCGAACAGAUAUUUUUCCGAAAAUUGUCGUUGGGUGCCCCUGAACACACUAGAAGGGCCGCAUGCCUACACUAGCAUCGCGUGAAGAGAAUCUUCAUUGGCACUUUUCCGGGAAGAAAGAUUGCACGACAAAUCCGCAAAGUACAUGUUACAGGUUAAAUUUUGCUCUAAACCUACGCGCAUGGAUGAAGGUUAUGUGAAGAAAACGUAUCCUGCCGCCAAUACUUCCACCUCCUUCUAUAAAUUGCUUUCGAAUAACUCGAGCGGAGUCCACCAAGAAGCAUGAAUGACUUGCCAGUAAUUGGAUACCCAUUUUCGCACAAAACUCAUUUUGGAGAGACAUCAACGUUUUUUCGCCGGUGCUUUUUUCCAAAUGCUUUUGGACAAUGUUCAUACGUGAAAAGGUAAGCUUUGGUUUCAAUAACCUUGAAAUAUGUGAUAAACUCUACCGAUGAAUGCGAUUACCUGGCACCUCAUUCAGUGAUCAUCUCUUUCAGUCUCUUUUCAUUCAACUUCAAAUGUCUCAAAGAUUUCUCAAAAAUGUUCAAAAGCAUAUUCUUAGAUUUCAUAGAUCUUCGUGGGUCCUCAAAUGUGCGUUGGACUCUAUAAAAGAGAGCGAUUUUGUGUCCUGCGAGUAUAAGGAUGCCAGAUGAUUUCAAGGUUGGGACUCUCUCUCCUCCACAGUUCGCACAGAAGCAAAGAAGAUUCCCCCCAGCAAAUUAGAGUGCAAAAAAGAGCUAUGGCAGGAGCCCUAAAGCAAUAUGGCCAACAUCCCGGGAGAAGGUUUAAGGAGGUAGGCUUUUGUUGCUAACCACGUAUCUGUCAAUUCACCUUCUACGAAAAUACUUUUCACUGCCUAUGUUUUGUAAAGACUUGAGAUUAUUAAUCAAAUUCAACCUCACAGAAAAUUUACAAAACAGAGGUUGUGUUUUCACUAGGCCGAUUAACUAGCUGAACAUUCUUCCUAGGUGUUUGUUUACAGACCGACAUGAGCUACUUAAACAUGACAUCUGUUUUAACUGCGUAGUUACUAAAACAUGGAACGACCUAAAACCACCUAAAACCACCUAAAACCAUCUACAACCACCUAAAACCACCUACAACCACCUCAAAAAAUUCAACAACCACCUACAACCAUCUACAACCACCUCAAAAACAUCUACAACCACUCGCAAACAAUCUAAAAUCAUCUAAAACAGGGUAUAAAUGUCUGAAAUAGUUUCACACAUGUAUGUAGUCCCGCAGAAUCCUUUAGAAUUAGAAAACCUUAUAUAAUGAUAUUUGAUAAUUCUUUUCAGCAAAAUGAAUCAAAAUGUUCUUACCAGUAACGUCCCUUGGCGGGGAGGGAAGACCCGAAUAUGUGAUCCAAAUUUUUCGUUCCGUUUUAGCUCGUAAAGUUCCAGCUACUCUAGCCUGUGCCAGGCUCUCAGAUAGUAUAGUGGGGACGUAUUUACAACAAGCAAAGCGAAAAUAAGAAGCGUGCAUAUCCCAUCACUCCCAAGAAGAGGGCCGGGGUGAAAGUUGGGUUCCAAAACAUAAUAAAGGUAUAUAAAAAUCCAGAUAAAUUACUUUAAAUAUAAUCAUUCACUAUUAAAAUUUUCAACCCAUUUUUAUUAAUUUCGUCUCGUCUUAACUUGUUUUCUUCUGAAUCCAUUGCAUUAUAGAUUUUUUAAAAUAACAUUUUUAACAAUGAUUACACCUACUAGUCUCCGUUUCCUGUGUCGUGACGCAAGGGAGUUUAGCCUUGCGUGAUGACACAGGAAACGGGUGUGAAAGACACUACGGUUCAUCUAAAGGAGUCACCUGGAAUGUACAAACAUGUUUGGCGGAUGAAAUGCUAAAAAAAUUAACUUGUUCUUAGGAAUGAAAUCCGCCACCUCAGAACAAAACAGCAGUGAAGCAGACUCCGAGAGAGAGAGAAACCCUGCCUUGUGCCAAUUUGCGUAAACAAAUGGAACGUGAACCAAAACGUCUCACUGGUACCCAGGGUAGAAAAAGCCAAAUCAAGUCAGUCUUUCGACUACGAGUUUGUUAUUUUAUUUUAUUAUUUUUUGUGACUUGACAGUUCAUUUUGUAAAGUUCUUUAAGUCUUUUAAUACACUUAGCAUGAUCUUGCAUUUCAUUUCGUGACUUAAGCCAAUGGUUGAUGAUACAAGGGACCAGGGAGAGUAAGAUUUUAGGGGGAAGUGGAUGUUUUGUUCGAUUCUCGUAUUUCGUGUUCAUGACAUGUUGUCGUCUCGCCUUAUUUCAGACAUUUAUACCUCGUUUCAGAUGGUUUUAGAUUGUUUGCGAGUGGUUGUAGAUGUUUUUGAGGUGGUUGUAGGUGGUUUUAGGUGGUUGUAGAUGGUUUUAGGUGGUUUUAGGUCGUUCCAUGUUUUAGUAACUACGAGAGUCACGUGUAGUGACCUUGGGGCGCCUGUGUUUUGGGAUCGCCAUUCAAAGGAUUUGUCACGGAGGUUAGAAAUUAAAUAUUGAGCAAAUUAUCUUAAAAUGAGAUGUGCACAUCUAUACAUAUGAAGUAAUUUCAACUACUGUGGUUUACCUAGCGGCUCAGAGCUUUUGUGCGAGGGUAAGAUUUAACAGAGAAUGCAAGAAUACGAUAAAAUGUUCAAAACAUAUCGCUCGAUUGCCUCUAAGGUGGUUAAAAACUAGCACAAAAAGUUAGGACAUUAGAAAUUGCAGAUAUUUUGGUAUGUGAGGUUUGAGUAAGGAGUGAAAGACGAUUGAAAAGACGUUGUUUAUGAAGACAUCGAGAGUGUUUACCCUUCUUGCUAUCAACCUCGAUCAGCUCGCCUUUGGUCCCCGUAGACAGGUAUCACACACCGUUGAAUGCUAAGAUAAGCGCAGAUCGGGUCAAACUUUUUCCUUGCGUUUUGGCUGGUUAGAAUAGAAUCGUUAGAGGUUUUCAUGUUAAUGGGGACACUGGCACAUUGCGCACCCCUCCUCACGGCAAAAAUUGUCGGGCGUCAGUUUUGGGAUCGCCAUUCAAAGAUUUGUCACGGAGGUUAGAAAUUAAGUAAUUUCAACUACUGUGGUUUACCUAGCGGCUCAGAGUUUUUUGUGCCGGGGUAAGAUUUAACAGAGAAUGCAAGAAUACAAUAAAAUGUUCAAAGCAUAUCGCUCGAUUGCCUCUAAGGUGAUUUGACCAAUUCGGUGUUAAAAACUGGCGCGAUAAAGUUAGGACAUUAGAAAUUGCAGAUAUUUUGGUAUGUGCCGUUUGAGUAAGGAGUGAAAGACAAAUGAAAAGACGUUGUUUAUGAGAACAUCGACAGUGUUUACCCUUCGUGCUAUCAACCUCGAUCAGCUCGCCAUCGGUCCCCUUAGACAGCCGAGGCAUUACACAAAAUACUGAGCAGAUCGGGUCAGACUUUUUCCUUGCGGCUCGGCGUGUUAGAAUCGUUAGAGGUUCCGUGUAAUUAAUGUUGACACUGGCACAUUGAGCGCGACUUCACGGCAAAAAGCCUAGCAAGAAUUGUCGGACGUCAGUUUUGGGAUCGCCAUUCAAAAGACUUGUCACGGAGGUUAGAAAUUAAAUAUUGAGCAAAUUAUGUUGUGAGAUGUGUGCAUCUGUGCAUAUCAACUAAUUUUUGCUACUGUGUUUUACCUAACGGCUCAGACUUUUGGGUCGAUAGUGAGACCGUAAUGCAUCAUAACACUGUUUAUAGUGGUUUUUUUCGGGAAAGGAGCCCGCUCUCCUCCCCCGAACUCAGGAACGUAGACCGGACACGAGAGAGGGGAGGAAAUCAAGCCUAUGGUUAUAGAAAAUCAUAGAUUUAUCAGCCGGAGAAUGAGAGAAUACAGUAACAUGUUUAAAGCAUAUCGCUUGAUUGCGUCUAGUUAGAGAGUUGAUUUUACCAGUUCGGUGAUAAUAGCUGGUACGAAAAAGUUAGGACAUCGAGCAAUUGCAGAUAUUUUGGUAUGUGAGGUUUGAGUAAGGAGCGAAAGACGAUUGAAAAAACGUUGUUUAUGGGGGCAUCGAUAGUGUUUACCCUUCGUGCUAUCAACCACGAUCAGCUCGCCUUUGGUCCCCUUAGACAGGUAUCACACACAAUACUGAGAGCAGAUCGGGUCAAACUUUUUCCUUGCGUUUUGGCUGGUUAGAAUCGUUAGAGGUUUCCAUGUUAAUGGGGACACUGGCGCAUUGCGCGCCACUUCACGCGCGCCACUUCCAUUCAAAAGAACUUGUCAUUUUAGCAUCAUAACACUGGUUAUAGCAAAUCAUAGUUUUAACAGAGGCGGCUUUGCCUGAAAAGAAAGCUCAUAGGAGUAUUUUUUAUCAGAUCGAAGGUAGAGGCAGAGAAGCAGCAAAAUACGAAGGUAAUGAUCAGUUGUACGGUUGCGGUCACACUAAAUUGUCAAAUAGAUACAAAAAUCGACGAGGAUUUUCAAAGCCCUCUAUCUUGCAGCCCUGUGCAAUUGAUUGAGUCAGUUUGAUUUUAUCCCAUGCACGAAGAUAAGAUGGAUCUCUCCGUUGGUCGAAUACUCUGGGCUAUGCGGUAUAUUAUAUAUCAUUUGGUUCUCAUAUACAGCCAUGCACGAUAUAUCGAUCUUACCCAGGAUCGGCUCCUGUCUUACCAUAUUGUGUUUUACUGCGCUAGUUAUGGGGACAGUUAAAAAUAAUCAGCCUUGGACUUACAUGUAUAAUUCGCGAGUCCCUUACAUGUUGCUAACAGAAAACGUUGUACUGAGCUAUUUUUACAUUUAAUUAUUAACCGAAAAAAAAAAAACGGGGAAAAUGUACAUUUUGCAAGGUGGGAAGUAACUCCAUUAGAUUUGACGGAAUCUUUUUCCAAUACUUCGACCUGAUUAUUUCUUAUUCCUGAACAACGUAAAGUCCGACAUCCCCUGCUCGAAAGGAAAGAAGGAGAUCAAACGUCGUAAUGUAAGACAUGCUUGAUUAGGCUGAAUAAACCUAAGACAAAUAUAUGAUACGGUGAACAUAGGGGGAAAAAGUUUUUCGAAUUAACUUGUGUUGGCCGUUUCCCGACUCGAAGAGUCAUGCCAUAGACAUAUCUUUUCGAUGUUGCUCUGAAUUAAUAUUUAACUCUUUUUUUCAGGUGUUUGCAUUAGAAUAAUAAUACGUCGAGGGAGACAAGAACGGCGAGGACAUGGAUAUCCGAGCCGACAUCUGCCCUACUUUCAGUACUUUCAUGACCUGGGCCAUUUCUCAUGGCAGACAUCGUUGCAAUCUUCGACACCCAUCGUACAGAUAUCUUGAGCGGCCAAAGCAGAAAGCAUCCAGUCCUCAGCCAGCAAAUGAAGAGCCUAAACCGCGACAACCAAAUUCUUACGCAACCGUCUUAGCGAAAAACAAACCUCCAGAACCUAAAAAAUUUUUCGUCGACUUACGUAGCGACCUUAUAACGAAGAAUACUUUGGAGGAAGAAUGGCCAGCUCUUGGAUCGCCUGAACAAGGACUGCCUAUCAAAGGUCCGGACGAGAGAUCCAAAGCUACGGCGGAUCAACUUGAAAACGAUAGAUUAUUCGCAGAAAUACAAGAUAGCGAAUACACGCAGUUUAGCGAGUAUGACGAGAACGACGAAGAUAAUUACAAUCCAGAAGAACAGAAUGAAAAAACUUCUGGAGAGAACGAAGAAGAUAAUUACAAUCAGGAAGAAGAAAGUUAUGAUGACAACGACGGAGAUAAUUGCAAUCCAGAAGAACAGGAAGAAGAAACUAAUGAAAAGAACGAAUUUCGUUUGACGGGCACCACGAGAUAGAGCUAACCCAUACAGAAGCGAGCCGAACACUACCAAAGAUUUCCCGCAAGUGUGACAUCUGCAUGGAUCGACCGAAAGACGCGACCCUAGUUUGCGGUCACAGGUAUUGCUACCAGUGUGCGCUUCAGAUGCGGCUCGAUGAACGCGAUUGUGCCAUUUGUAGAAGAUGCAUUGUGUCUGUAAUCGAGACUUACAACUGAACGCUAAUGAGCAUGUUUGUGAAGAGAGCAGCCACCCGUAUUGUCUGUACGGACGCGAACACAAUAAGUGAGAUAUAAAAUCAGUAUUUUCAGUAAGAACUGUUUAGCUUGUGUUAACGCUGAGUUUCAUAGGGAAAUUGGCAUGAACUACGCUGCACCAACGUCUUUUCGCUGGUGCAGGCCGUUUGAGAUUUCCGACCCUUUAGGACUCCCGCCAUUUAUGAUUGCGUUAUUUUGGAAUUUCGCGCCAAUUUGGACUCCUUGCUGGAGCUUCCGCGUGCGCGUCACAUCACACAAAUCCCAGCACGGCCCUUUAAUCUUUAAUCUUUACUUAAUAUACUCCUAAAACAGCAUAACUAUACAAGGAGUUUCAAAGCAAAAAUAAAUGAAUAAAUAACUAUAAAAAUAUAUGUACAUAUGAACACGCAAUGAAAUAUUAUUUUGUCGCUAAGACCUGUUGCGUGUGACGUUGAGACAUAUUUCGGCUUUGGAUUUUGCGGGAAAGAAAGACUUAAUUUAAAAAAGUUGCUGUCAUGCUAAAGCAUGAGUUAAUUAAGAGUCGUUUUCAAACAAUUCGUGCUAACAUACUUUUUAAUAAGUUCUUAAAUACAAUGUAAAUAUCUGACCUUAAAAGUCUCACUCGAACGAGCAUUUCUUUGAAAGACAUCCCUUUUCCUUGGCUUCUUUGAAUUUUUCCCAAAGGGAUGGACCAUUAUAAUUUUGAGAGUGUCGAGUUUCUGCACUAGAAAAAGUGGCAAAGAAGAUCGUGUCUGCGAAUCACGUAAAAGAUUUACACGAGGAAUUUAAUCAUUCCAUCAUUUGCGAGAAUUUUAAGAAUAGCAAGGACUGCAAAUCUGUUACUGAACUCUCGGCUUCUUCACGCUUAGCUGAAUCAUUUUAGAAAGUGUAGGGCCAUUUUUCGUUAGUAAUUAAACUUUGGAGAGAGUUUUGUUUUGCCCCCUUUCCGAGCAGAUCAAGGUCAAAAUGAGUCCUCGUUUGUCUGGGUAGAGUUUAUGAAGACUUUAAUUAUGAGUCAGCAAGGUUGUUUAAUUUUUACGGUCUGUGAUCAGUAUCUUUCGUUUCUUCUGCUGCGUGCUGGUGGACGGGAUAAGAAUCUAGCCAGGGAAUACUUAUUUUACCUUGUGUUUGGUUAAAAAUUACUAUCAAAUUUGGUAUAGAAUAGUGUUGUCAUUCAGUAACUUUUUGAGAAGGGCUUUAGUUGCAAGUAAGAGCAAAUACGUUGUCGAUGGUUACGAUAAAGCUCUUGGCUCGCCGUUGGUCCCCUUAAACAGCUGCCAUUAUCGUUCAGGUACUACACACAAUACUGAGAUAAGAGCAUAUCGGGGUCAAAAUGUUUCUUUGUGUUUUGGCUGGUUAGAGUCGUUAGAGGCUUUAGAUAAUGGCAGCCCGCCACUGCUUUCAAUAAGCAAAGAUCGUCAUUCAAAGGGCUACACGAAAAUUUGGUUUAUCAACGGAGUUGAUAAAUGUAAAUUGACCACCGUACAGAGAUUGAAAAGUUGACGUUUCGAGCGUUAGCCCUUCGUCAGAGCGAAUCAAUUUUCGUGUUUCACUUACCCACCGACGCAGCACCACAGUUUCUUCAGAAACUACUGAACCCCCUUUAUUCAAAGGGCUAGUCACGAACCCUGUAGGAAAUGAAAUAUUAAUUUGAUUGUUUGACACAUGUAUGCACGCUUAGGGAAAAAAGAUCCUGCAGAACCUCUAAAGUAAAACUUGAUAAAGCAAGGAAUGUUACGUAAUUUUAUGGGUAAUCUUAAUCGAACUAGCCUUGUUAACAACUGAUUUAUUAUGAAUAACACGUUUACUUGCGGGAACCAGCGGUAAAUGACAUGCGUGAUGAAAACUGGCACAAAAAUGUUAGGAUGCAGAUAUUUGAAAGAAAUGUUGAAAGCUGACAUCUUGAUUAGUUGCCAAUUCUUUCCCUUAAAUAUUAAAUUUAUAAAGCUUAGAUAAGUCAGAUUUAGUAUGCUUUGAAUCAACACAAAAUUCUUCAGAACUCACAGUUGCUUGAUGAGAUGGAUCCAUCCUUGAACAACUUUCUGGUAUUUGCCGUAGGGGCAAGAUCAUCUAUGGCUCUAGCCUUCCCAUUGAUCGUUCUUGGUGUCUUGGAAAUAGGAUGGUAGUGACCUGCAUUGUCCGGAUCUGGCUAAGGUGCAGGAAUUCGUGAAAACUUUGGCCCAACCCACUCUGCCUUUCCGUACCUGUUGCACAGCAUUUCAUCUUUCUUCAGACAUCCUUCUCUCACAUACUCCAUGUAAUCUUGGUAAUUUAAUGAUAUUCAGGAACAGAUUUCUUUUGUGUAAGGUACGUCCUGUUGAAGAAAAACGUGUUCGUCUUUUCUGUUACAAAGCACUAAAUGAACUCAUUAAAUAUUGGCGCACCAUCAGUUCGUUUGGAAAUUUCUCCUGCACAGUGCCAGCGCCGGCGUUUUUCUCCAUCCUCUGCCUCUCGUGCUCUUCAUAUUCUUUCAAAGUAAGGGUGCUAAUUUCUUCAUCACUUAAGCCAUCAAAUUUCUUGUACUGCUCCCACUGAAUGGUUGAGCCAUCAACAAUACUGUCUCCGAUAGCGCUGUUAGUUCUUUCAGCUUCGUUGUCAGCGGAGUUCUCUCGGGAGGGGUAAGCUAGAAUGCGAUGGUCACUAUUAUGAAUUAGUGCCAAUUCUGCAUCUCUGAAUCUCACCUCGAAGUUACUGCAGCCGACUCCUGGACCAGCAUCUGUGAAAUCGGCCCAUGUUGGCUUCACAGGUGGCAACUUCAACUCUGCAAGUUUCUCUAACAGUCCAUUGCAAGUUGCAAUGUAUGUGCUGUACUGUUUUUGCAAGUCAGCCGUACAUGCAUGUGGUUUUAUUAUAAAAAGUGUGAGCAUUUCUAAUUUUUGAAAUUUUCUAAAGCAUUUUUGGGAUGAACAAGAGUGUAUAAUAAUUACUGAGACUACAUUUGUUACAUCUGUAAACCACGUGAUAUAGUUGAGUUGCACAGGUCAUUAAAUUGUUGAGUUGAAAACCAUCCGAUCUGUAUGAUGAAGUCAUGUGUUGGUUUUCACGUAUACAAAUUUUUGGAGCCCCCCCCUCCUAGCCCAACUGUUUUUUCAGAGCCCCCCUUCGGGUGUCUUAAAAAUUUUCGGAGGCCCCCUCAAUAUCUUCACCCCCCUUGUCAUAUUAAAUGAACUUUCCCUUAGAGCAUGUUUUUUUUAAUCUACAAUAACCUCGCACGUUGGAGAGCUGUCCUCAGAGUUUUCCAGGUUUGUACUUUGGACUAUCUGACAAAACAGUAAAUCUGCCUCAUUAAAACAGAGAGACACCGAAUGUCCCCUUUUGUUUGACUGACUCUCACUGUUAAAAUAUAAUGAAACGAUCAACAAGUACAGAGUCCGAUUCGUAGAAUCUCAAUCAUGGAAAUCCGCGAAAAUGAUGAGUUUUCUACUCACCGAUGGAUACAAUUCACUUUCUGGCUCAAAAGUAUGUAACAUUGUAGAUUUUGGACUGCAAUCCAUUAGAGUUUCUACUAAAAUCUAAUAUAUCUACUAAAAUUCGGUAAACUUUCCUAAAAUGUAGCUGGGCUCCCGAAUAGUCAUGGAAUGUAGUGAAUCGUUGCUGAUUAUUGAUUAUUUUGUGAGUGCGCUAUUUAUGGAUGAAAUACGGCCGGAGAAUGACUAUCUCUAAUCUGCAGAGAAAGUUACCCACUAUGAGGAUAAUGAGACUGCUAUUAUAUUCUUUUGGUCCCCGCAAUCAAAUGAUCCCACGAAUUUAUCAGAGUAGCGAUCUGUGUGAAAUUAGACAACGCCGCGGUCAACUGAGAAGUUUGUUUACCCCUUGGCUCUUCCGUGGGAGGAUGUUUUGACAGGUGAGGAGCUGCUGUUUUGAUUACUCAAAUGUUUUUUUCUUUUUUUCGCCAGUCAGGCAUAAGCAUGUGAUACCUCGAUACCCCUCUAUAAAGCCUUCCCGCAGCACGUACAAUUAAUUGACUGGGAGAUGUUGGACGAGCACUGUGGGGACUGAACUUCUAGUUCUACAAGUUGUCACUCCACUACCACUCCAAUGUGAACUGAGCGGUAUGCAGGUAUGUCCUUUAUGUUGGAUAGUUUUCGCGAUCGUAUCACUUCCACGUUCUUUUAACAGACUUUCGGCAAACUAAUUCGAGGAUAAAUAAAGUUCAUAUAUGUAUUUAUGUAUUUAGCAAAUAAUAGACGUGUAAAUACAAUUUUGAUAUGGAGGUUGAUCCACGCACAUAGUACUUGGCAAAAAUGGAAAAAAUCUAAGGCGUUUUCCUAGCAGUAAAUGGAGUUUUCGAUCUGUUUAUUUGUUUUACUCUAUAUAGAAUCUGGUAUAACUUGGAGAUGGCUGGUUUUAGCUCCGCUUAACAUGUUUUAAUUUGUUUCAGUUCGCCGAUCCGACGUAAGAUGCAGCGUAGGAUGACCAGGACCAGGCAACCGCGCUCAGCGGUGAGUUCAAAUUAUAUACAGAAACUAGGGUUUAUCUGUUCGUGAAUGUUUGGAGUGUCACUAGAUGAUCCGUCCAAGGUUUUCUAGACAUUUUAUACGCAAGAUGAUUAUUUUUUCUUCCGAAAGUAUCCAUCAGAUUGUGGAUUUUCUUUUGAGCGCGGGAAUGUCAGUCUUCCCGCCAAAUUGACAGGGCUUACUAAGGAAAGAAUUAAUUGGCUAUUAAUCUAAGCCGAUAAGAUUUGCUCUAUUAUUGUACCAAGCAUUGCGAAGGGGAAAUCAACCGCCAUCAUGGUGCAACGGUGUGAGAGCGUAACACGCUCUCACACUGUUGUACCCUGAUGGCGGUUGAUUUCCUGUUACAAAUAAAUCAGGGAAGAAGUAAAGAGGGAAUCUAUGGUGGACUGUCACUCCUUACAUAAAGGAAAAGUCGUUAUUUUGGAGUGGCCAAGCAAUAGACUGACUAGAGUACUCAGCUGGAGGUAAAUUAAUCUUAAGCUUAUUUUUUGAUAGCAGAAAUGGAUUUAUUCUACCCUGGGUGCCAGAGCGAUAUUUUUUAGCGAAGCUGCGAUUGUGAGCGACGAAGCCGCGAUCGAGAUCGUUUCCGAACGUAAUUUCUAAUUUUGUAGGUUCUGUAAACAAGAAGACCUUCGUUAGCUUGUUUCGGCACUUUCGUCCUUGUUUAAUACGCCUAACUUUUUUAUUUAAAUUCAGGAGUGACCAGAGCUCUCAAGUCUCACAGUUUUGCCGUGAGACACGGUUUUUAGGGCAAUCCCACGGUCUCACGAUGAGACACAAAAAUAUCACGGUGAACAAAUUCACAAGCCGAUGGAAUACACUUUCCUUGAAUAUUUUCAAUUUUGCUUUGUAAAAUUUUUGACAAGACAUAGGCCUCAAAACGGUGAUGGACGAAACAUUGACCCCCAGUCCAUGGAGUACCCUAAAUUACAUAUUAUCUCAAGUUAUUCUCGCAUUUUGAUUAGUUCUUGCUUAGGCCUGUACCCGUUUUAAACGUCGAAUUUCACAUGUGCCAAAAUUAUCUAAAUUUAUGCUGAUGAGAAAAAUCUAUUGUUUUCGCUCAUUUGCAUUAGAUUCGGCACAUGUGAAAUUUGACGUUUAAAACGGGCCUUAGGAUCUACCAGAGGACAGACGAACGAAUGACGUCAUCAUUUCAAAGGGGAAACAGGUUGUUUUGCCCCAGGUCGUUUCGCCACAACUCAAAGUAGCUUUGCCCCAACUUUACGUUUCGCCCCAACAUUAAAGUCAUUUUGUUUAAAGUAAUUUGUAACAUAUUUACAAAUUACUAGACGAAUAAAAUGUCACAUUGUUAAGAUGAGGCUGUUGGUGAUGUUUUACUCUCCCCAAUCUCUCUUUCCCGCCCACACCAUGUUGAUGAUGCGCUGGUUGAUCGAUGACCGAUCGUAUAAUCUUUGUAAAACUUAAUUACCGGUAAUGCGCAAUAAACCUUCCAUGGCUUUACCUGUAGAGUAUCAAACGCCAUUUAAACCUGUUUUUUUAUACAGUUGCGUGGUUAAAGAGCCAUUGAGUCUAAAUUUAUUUUUUAGAUUACACGCGUAAAAAUUUUUGAGAAUUAUAUACUAGGUACCGGUACUUUUUAAUGCGACUGUGGAGAAACAAGGUACAAAAAAUGUCUUGUUGAGGCAUUGAAUAGGUACAAAAGUCUGGAAGAAGAAUGAAAAAGCUGUUUCUUUACUAGAAAAUGACUCAGAAAAAAUACUCGAGCAGUCUCAGUCAGCAGUUAAGUGAGACUAAACCAAACACAAAAUUGGUCUUGGAAAUAAUUUAAGUAUAAAGAAACCACUGCUUUAUCUCGAAUUGAACAAAACCAAUUCAUUGAUUUAUUUUUAAAAAUUCAAGUUUUUCUCAGUCUCAAAAUGAUUGUUGACAUAAUUUGAUUCAUAGCCUGCGAACGCAGACAUUUCCGGCUAUCGCUUGUCUCCUGCCGAAAGUUAACAUCUGUGAACCCGAGCCAGGAAACGAUUUCUGUGAUGCAAUGACUUUUGAUUCUCCUUAGCCAAUCAGAUUCCAUGACAGAAUGACACUUGAGUGCUCCUCGGAGCGAAUACCUUGUGCAGUAGUUCUGGGGCUACUUGAGCUAAACUGUGAUUGGCGUUACAGAGAUCGUUUCCUGGCUCUGGUUCUCAGACGUUAUUUUCGGCAGAGACAAAUGACAGCCAGAAAUACGUCGUGUUCGCUAUCCAAAUGCAUGUUGCUGUCCAUCUGUUGAGAACACAAAGGAAAGCUGAAAAGUUUAUAUUAAUAAUGCUGUGAAAGCAAUUCCUCUAUAAGAGAAUGCUAAUUUAAUAAGCAAUACAUUUGGUUGAACUAGUGAUAAUUAUUGCAACCUUGUUCCCAGGGUCCUCUCUCUACCUCAAGAAAGUAAAUGGUUACCCUGGUUAUGGCUGGUCACAUGUGUGCUAGAUUUUAGCAGAUGAUUGAAGGGAGGGACUGGAAAGUUAAAGUUUGUCUCCACUGAGCUCACCUACUGAACCCAGUAGGGAGCAAAAUUUGUAACCCCCCCAUUUUGGAUCGGCAAAACUCACAGCGAAGGCUGACAGAUUCGAUGUUGGAGUUCAAUGCAUUCAAUGCUCGGCUAAAAGGUUAGCUCUGCAUUUGGCUGAAUUUUUCCUGUCAACAGUUGGAUGGUCUUUGGAAUUCUUUGGGUGUGAAAAACUUUGGCAAAGAACUUGGAAAUGACGGCCACAACAAUAAAUGGACCGCACAGUGAAACUAAUUUUCUUUUUCACUCGGCGAAAUCACAACGUACUCAUUCAUUUAGAGUUACAUAUGUCGUACGUGCACCUACAAAGGUAGUUUUGGAUUUGACUGAAUUAUUCCCAUCAACAGUUUGACUGUCAUUUCCUUGAACUUGACAUCAACAACGUCUGCGUGCUGAAUAAGCUUGAUUAAGCAGCUUAUAUUUUUCGAUUGGCAAAAUCACAAUGGAGGCAUUGAUGCCUUUGUUUACAGUUUGAUACAUCCAGUGUUUGGCAAAGAGACUAGCUUCGAAUUUGAUUGAAUUCAUGCAAUCGAAAGUUUGACGGUCAUUCGAUUCUCUUACAGUGAAAAAUUUUGUUGAACAUUUGCAAAAUCCAGCGGCUUUCGUUUUAAAACUGUUUAGUGGUAAAUCCAAUUCUCAGUUAACAAAGUAGCUCCUGCUUGAAAGCAUCCCAUCGAUAAUUUCACGGUUAUUUAAAUCUUUUGGUGUGAAAAACUGAUUAAACUGAUCCCUUGCAGGUUGUUGACGGUUAUUUAAAAAAAGCAGUGAAAUGUAAGCAAAGUUCCCUCUCAAUCAACAUCUCACACUCACAGAGGUUCAGGUUGAGAUGAAGCACUGGUCAGGCAGGAUCUCUGACAAAUAACCACAGGCGGCCCAGACGUAGUAUGUGUCACUGAAUGAAUAUAUUAAUAUCCACAUGGACAAAUUAAUGCGAUGAGUCGUCGAAACUCCCAUGGACUAAAAUAGUCUAAAAGUCAAAAUAUAACAAAACAAAGCUAAGAUACCUUCAACUGAACGUAUCCUUGUCUUUCCUGGCCGGUUUAAGUAGCAUUUUGUUGAGUUUUGAAAUUGUAGGUACUAUCCACUAAAGAAGAAUUAAAGGCUGGCUACAAAACAAACAGACCAUCUUCACGCGCCUUCACACGAAGCGCUAUAAAUUCGAGAAUAAUCGACGAAUCUGCUCCAAAUAACCAUCGGCUAAUCUGCAGGUAACGUGUGCUCCUGCUUCUGGCUCGCUUGCUCGACAAAACCCAUUGCAACUGCACAAUAAUUGCUCGCUCAUCAACAACCACUGUUGACCUUUACGCUCGAUAUGACCGCAAACGACCAGGUUUAAUACGGCGGCGGACGCGGCGUGAAUAUUCAAGCUUAGCGACGGCGUUCGGCGCAACAAUGCAGCACUUGCUAUGGGAGGGAUGGUACUAUUGCUUUCAGGUCAAUCAAUCGGGAAAAUAAUAUUGAAGCCCAUGUAAUUUUUAAAAAGAUCCAAUUUGCCCAAGGAGCACCGAACAGAUACGAAUCUUAUAGCGGAGCUAAAAAAAAUGAGCGGCAGUGGAAAAAGUGAACAAGAACAUAUACCACAUUUUCUCCAUAAAAAGUGAAAACCAGGAAGUUUUCUGGACGUUUCGCGUUGCAGUCAUGCAAAUCAACGGCAAGGAAAUGUACAAGAAAGUGUGCUGCAAUUAGACCUAUUGUUGUUUUUCACAGUUCUGGUCAAGGGCAUCCAACUUUUAAUUUUUCACAUUUCACUCACCGGGUUAGGCUAUUUUUCGUAGUGAGUAAAAUGGAAUCCUAAAAUUUUCGGAUUCAAAAAUGUGAUGAAAGAAGGUAUCUGAAAAAUUAUCCCCUCGUAAUACGUUAAAUUGCAUCUAAAAUUUUCGGGAAAAUAAUUCUGAAUUCCUCGUAAUUUCGAAAAGACUCAAGUUCCUCUAGAAUGGCCGAACACUGAGAUGCAAAUUUUAUAGCACCACUUAGAAUGCAUUUCUAUAGAGGUAAAAGUACUUUAUGAAUAGCUGCAGAAGUGUUUUCAAUUGAAAGUAUUUGAGGAAACAGUCGUUGGGUGGCCUUGUCUCGUUGCCUUCUCCGCUUAGCAUUACACGAUAUAUUUUAUAUUUAGUAUGAGCAUUAGCUUCGCUUUUAGCCCUCCUGACUAAAUUUAUGUAAGCGCUGUUUAGAAUGCAUUCUUCGAUCAAAAGUACUCUGGACAGCCUUAAAUGUGUUUUCAAUGCCUCUAGGGGGAAAUCAUCGUUGGGUGCCCCUUAGUUUUGAGAAUAAUAAUAAUAAUAAUAAUAAUAAAAGAUAUCGCGCACAUAAAUUUUACUUUACGAUAUCUUCAGCUGUAUCUUCUAUUCAGCUGCAUAGCGGGGGCCAGAUUUUGCCUUUUUCCUGGGCGGAAAAUUCUCGUCCUCCUUCACCAGUUUGGACAACAUAUUAUGGAGUAAGACGUUGUUAAUCUAAGCAAAUAAGUCUGGUAGAGUCAAGAACCUAUGCAAGCGGCUGGACGAACAAUGUGACAGCAGCUGAGACAGCUUAACGUUAGAAGAAUUCGAACUUGAAAACCAGGGCUGCCCUGUUGAAAACUACGGACGGUCCCACAAUCGCCUUUUGUUUUCUGGUCAAAACUAACGCAGCUAACCUUCGGUCAGUCGAUUGACCUAGAAGCAAUAGUACCAUCCCUCCCAUAGCAAGUGCUGCAUUGUUGCACGAACGCGUCGCUAAGCUUGAAUAUUCACGCCGCGGCCACGCCGGCGUAUUAAACCUGGUCGUUUGCGGUCAUAUCGAAGCGUAAAGGUCAACAGUGGUUGUUGAUGAGCGAGCAAUUAUUGUGCAGUUGCAAUGGGUUUUGUCGAGCAAGCGAGCCAGAAGCAGGAGCACACGUUACCUGCAGAUUAGCCGAUGGUUAUUUGGAGCAGAUUCGUCGAUUAUUCUCGAAUUUAUAGCGCUUCGUGUGAAGGCGCGUGAAGAUGGUCUGUUUGUUUUGUAGCCAGCCUUUAAUUCUUCUUUAGUGGAUAGUACCUACAAUUUCAAAACUCAACAAAAUGCCACUUAAACCGGCCAGGAAAGACAAGGAUACGUUCAGUUGAAGGUAUCUUAGCUUUGUUUUGUUAUAUUUUGACUUUUAGACUAUUUUAGUCCAUGGGAGUUUCGACGACUCAUCGCAUUAAUUUGUCCAUGUGGAUAUUAAUAUAUUCAUUCAGUGACACAUACUACGUCUGGGCCGCCUGUGAAAUAACUUGCUUCCCUUUCAAAAUAAUGUCUGUGUAGCAGUGGAACAUUCGCCUCCCUAGACAGUAAUGACAAAAUUAAGUUGAGAACCCACCCUCUGUGUGGCUUGGGUUGGCAUACAUAGACACUUGACCAGCUGUAACCAGGGUACUUUCUUGAGGAAGCGAGAGGACCCUGGGAAUGAGGUUGGUGAUAUUGUCAUACGUACAGUGGAUAAAAAAGUCCAUAAUUUUGAUCUUGUCCACAUUUGUUCCAUAGCGCAUGCAGUUUUGGUUAACAUGCUACUAAGUCUUAUUCAGGAAGGCUUUUGAUUCAGACCUUUGUGCAACCCAAAGGACAAUAUCAUUGCUUCUGAGUCAUUAUAAUCACCUUGAAGAACCAUUCGCAGACUCUUCUUGAUGCUAAUUAUUCCUUACCGUUUCAAGCUCUUCAAAAGUGUAUUUUGGUUCUAAGAACAAAAUUUUGCUGCCUAGGAGAAAACCAUGACACACAAGGCCAUGUUUGUUUUCAAUCAGCGUGAGCUAAAAAAACCUCCCCUAGAAAUCUCUGGGGCAUGGGAAAGAGGCAAAUAAGAUCAAGCUCCUGACCUAGGCUCUCAUGCAGACUUUACCUUACCCAUUUUAAUUUGCAAGAUUUUCUGGAAUAUAAAAAUAGGUUGCUAAUUUGAAGUUCACUGUCACUUUUAAGGAACCUUGUGGAAGAUUUCAAGGCAAAGACCAAGAAGGCUUUGAAGAAAGGUUCAUUAAUGAAUUCAUAGGUAACAUUUGAAUACCUAGUUUUUUUUAGCUAAAUCCCAUGUACUAUAAUGCUCUUGAUAAUAAAUUAUGCUGGGAGGGUUAUUUUAUAAUAAGGGUCCACAUGCUAUAAUACAAGCUUACUACCCUGUGAGUGGUUAGUUUCCAAGCUUACAGUAUUUAAAAUCAAGUGAUGUACAUGUAGCAUCUGUUCCAGCCCAAAUUGGCCUGAGGGGGGAGCGAUGGCCUUUGUUCCACCUCUGACUUCAUCACCUUUGCCCAAAUAAGGCAUCAUGUAUACUUAAACUCUUCAGAAGGAAAAGGCCUUGCUAGUAAUACUUAAAGCAGAUAUCUUUAUCUUAGAGGAUAACUGCUGUUUUUUAACCCUCAUGAAAAUUUUCAGCACCCACAUGUUUCACAACUGAUCACACAUUUUCACCAACUUUUGGGGACCUCUUUAAUGACUCCAGCUCUAUGGUUUAGAUGCCAUAAAGAGCUGAUUUAAGGGGACUUUUUUCUUGGGACCUCAAAAUGUCGCCACUAACUGAACAGACCCCACAGUUCUGAUGUGUUUCUAUAUCCUUGUCCCCGUAAGUAGGCUGGUGUGAAUGCAUACAAACGAAAUAUUAAAUUCUUUCCUGACACAUAUUUGGUCAUUAAUGUCCUACAUAUAAAAUGCAGCAAUCACAUUUUAAAGGUUCUCUUCGUUUGUAAGCCAGAUAUGCUAACAAAUUGAAUGGUUUUCCAUGGUUAACAAUAAUUAUGUGUCCAAUGAAGACAGAUUACAACACUAUUGCCCCUAUCAGAUGUCAUCUGAAUAAAACAAUUUUUUAAUGGUGUUUGCAAUGUGCCAAUGGUUGCUAUAACAAUGGUACAGUGCUGCUAAAAGAUCCGUUAAAGCUCUGAGUUUUUCAAAAGCAACUUAAAAAUCAAUUCAGUGACCUAGUAUUUUUUUUAAAAUAUUAUUUAGAAAAACCCAUCAAAUUCUCUAGAUAGUCUAAUACAUGAUAGGAGAAAAAACAAUACUGUAGAACUUGAUUUACUUAGGAAAGAGCUGUAGGAAUCGAAGUCUACACUAUAGAUUUUUUAGAAUUUUCUUAGUUUAUGAAUGCGAAAUAACGAAUCUUAUUUGCAUACAAAAAUAUCAGGGUGGGUCACCAAGCUAACUUUUGACAUUCAAGCUUUAUUUCUGGUUAUCGCAAUUUACACUCACAUUUCUGUUUCUGGUGUUGUGUUUUGAAGAAUUAAUGGCUGACUUGACAGCUCAUCCUCACGAGCGAAAAGCUUCACACGUUCUUAUUCAGAGAACAUGUGCAAGAGCAUUUCUGAAAUUGGAUUUCACAUUGUUCUGUGAAGUUAUGAUGUGCAAACAUUCCAGAAGAUAAUCACUGCUUGAGAUUCAGACUGCUUACCUUGAUGACUGUUGGAAUUGUCAAAGUAUUAUGGAGAGAAUUCUCUUGUUGGAUGCCACUUUUAAGGAAACUGAUUUAUUGAUCCAGACAUGUUGAUUAGUAGUUGUUACACUGGUGCCAAAUCGCCAAUGCUAUACUAGUUCUCCGUACAAUCCAUUCAGAUCAUAUAUACCGGUAUUUUUCAUAAAGAGCUUGGAGUGUGUUAUAUAGAAAAGAUUAGCAUGUGCCAUUUUCUGGAUCAAUUAUGUUAAAUUUACUUGAGAAGGCCAUAUUUACAACUUGCACAUGAAUGCCAUUGUGCGUGGUAUCGCAUGUUUUUCUUAUACAUGUAGGUAAUAAUUUUGCUUGCGUGCAUCUUGGGAUCCAUUCUCAGCACUGCCAAAAAACCCUUUUGAGCCUCCAGAGCUGCAGAAGGAUUUAAUCUGCACCAGUUUCACUCAUUGAAACAGAUUAAAAAGUUGUGACCAUGGAAUUUAUCUAUUUAUCACCAGGCGAGCCAAAACCCAGUGUGACCAGCCUUUGUGACUUUCCUUUAAUUUUGAUAGCAAUAUUAAUUAAUGCAUGUGGCCAAUCUGUAAGUAGUCUGUAUUUUGUACCUCAGUCUGCAUUUUACCACUGGCCAGUGACUGCAGUCUGCAGUUUCCAUUUGAAUGGUGAGCAAUUUUCCAUCCCUGCAGGCUAGGCUCCAUGGUAAGAUUGUCCCAAACUACUGAUGCUCUCUUGGAAAAUAAUUUUUUAACUGAAAACAAAGAAAUCCAGGGGAAGGCCAACAAAUGUAGCUAUUUAUGAUUAUACAGCUAGUAUGUUUAUAUUUUAGGUUUAAUUUUCCCUACAUUAUUUUCUGUAACAAUGCAUUUGUAUAAUGUCACUGUAAGUUUCAAAUUGAUCAUUGUUCAAGCUUCUGUAUUGUCCACAUGCACACUUUUGUUACAUGUAGAUAAUUAUAAAUCUUGUAUAAUUAUAUUUAUUAUGUUGUUGUUUCUUUAGGGAGAGGCGUGUUCACAACAAAAACGUUUUCCAAAGAUGAUUUUCUUCUAGUCUACAAAGGAGAACUUGUUACAGCAGAUGAAGGAUAUCGGAGAGAAGACUCGUAUCAUCCAGAUUUGGGAAGCUUCCUCUUUUUUUUUAAAGAUGGUAUCAAGUGCUUUUGGUAAGCCUGCUAGGAAUACAGUCUUUCUUUCGAAACACUGACAAAAUAAAAAUGGUCAGUAUAAAAAUUUUUAUAUGGGCAGCAGCCAGGGGACGGCCGCCAGGGAGGCCAUUGUUGAUAGAGGAGGUCCCUGGGUCCCUUCCUAGAUCACAGCUGGAUGGACCAGAGAUUUGAGCUUACUGACAGGCUUACAUUCAUACGGCUCAUAUAAGGUAUCAGUAUACCCAAAUGACCAUAAUUUGUUCGUGCCACAUUUCAUGCAAACCCCAGUAAAGUAUACAUUUUCUGAAAGCUUAAGAAUUGUAGAUUACGAAGGUAUAUUCAUUAAAAUAAAAAAGUUAAGGCUUUCUGAAUAUAGCAUCCAAGGUUAUAAUUUCCCCAAAGUACAUGUACAAAGGUUCACUAAACAAGUUUGUUUCCGGUUGAAUUCAAGUGGGAGGACGUGACCAAAAUUGCUACAUGUGACCCGACUAGCUUGGUCUAACAUGUGAUUGCAAAGAGGGAGCUAACUGCUGCAACUUUUGCAUUUUCACAACUAUUCAAGAUUAGUGGAGACGUAUAAUAAUCACUCAGAUUGAAUAGAAACCAGAGCCCAUAUAAUUAUAUGGCUGCAGGAAAAACUGAAAAACCACAUCAGAUGCCAAAUUCAAAAAACUCCUAGUAUUUUUGAUGAAAACUGAAAACCAAAUGCUAAGAAAUGGAAAAUCUGCAAACUGCAAUGAAAAGCGAUCUCAAAAAAUAGCCAAAACUGCACAGGACUCAAGCUUAACUUUUGUUACCAGUGGGGCGUCUUGAAAACAAAGACCCCUAAGACCCCAAAACUUGAUACCAUGGGUGCAUUUUUCAGAAACAAGUGCUUUGUUUUUGCGUGGCUUCUGAAGGAUUUGUACUGACCGGGCAUGUAAGAAGAAAAUGUUUUGUCCGCAGUCUCCAAACUAAGAGAGCUAUCUAUUUGAUGAAAACUCCAUUUCAACUACACCAUAAUUAUUUUAAGCUACACAAUAUUUUAAUGUCUUUACAUGUGGAAUCUGACUCUUAUGAUCGCUCAGGAGUGGGAAUGUAUUCAUGCAAAAAAUUGUCUUGAAAAACUCGUGUUUUUUGUGUUUUGCUGUGAAGGAACAAAUUUAUUGACACUAUUUUGGUGAACACAUUUUCCAUCUGAUGACUGAACUAUUUUUCAGUCGCAAGUUGGCGCCUGCCUAAAAAAAUUUAUUUCGGACCCUGAGUACUCCUCUCCCAAUACUCCCGCAAAAAUUACACUCCUCCCCAGAAAAAUCACGUUUUUGUGAGGUGAAAAACAUCACUUUUUUUUUUCUUUUCCGUGUAAUUUUUCAUGUUGACAAUAAUCAUAACACUUUAAGUCUUUUGUUCAUACUUUCUCUUCUUUUUCCCCCUUUUUUAGAGUUUUAAAAUAUGGAAGCACCCCCUUCUCUUUAAUCUCCCGUGGAGAGCACAAGGCUAUAGCUCACAAGGUUGACAAACUGACAACUGUACUGUACUCCCCCUUUCCUGAGGUUCCUUCCACCUGCCCUAAAAAAAACUUGUCUUAUUCGGGGGUGGGUGGGGAGGGGGUUUAGAGUUAAUUUGAAAUUAGACUCAAGUAUUGUCCAAAUCAUCUCCGGAUCUUCUUUGGAAAUCUAUAAAUGGCUUAUCGCUGCAUGAUUUUUUCCGGGGGGAGGGCGACAUUUUUCCAGAGCUACUGUUAGAGGCCGGGAGUACUCAGGGUUGCCAGAUGAAAAAUAUGUUCAUCAACAAAAUUUUUCUUUCACAGCAAAAGACAAAAACGCAAAGUUUUUCGAGACGAUUUUUUGCAUGGAAAUAUUCCUACUCCUGAACGAUCACAAGAGUCAGUGUCACAUUACUGUACAACUCACAUGAUACAACUCACUUUGACUCUGAAGAUGACUACCGCACAGGUUGUCGAAACGUCAGUCACUGUCAACAACAACAGUCCUAUUCAGGACUAUGUUCACCCGGAUGAUCAAUCUCAACCUACUUUUGAAUUUGUUUAGUAUUUGUAAGGACAUGGUAUUGGUUCUCUUUUUGCAGUGAGUGUUUUUUUUUUCAUCUUUCAGUGUUGAUGCCACAUUCUCAAAAGGUCUUGGGAGACUAGUAAAUGAUGCUCCUUCAAAUAAAAGUAAUUCUGUGAUGCGAAAAGUUAAAGAAGGAAGUGAGACAUAUCUUGUCCUCUAUGCCCUUAGAGAUAUAAAGAUAGGAGAAGAAUUACGCUAUGACUAUGGCGUUAAAGAUCUUCCUUGGCACAAGAUCAAAGGUAAUUGGAUCCUAGCUGUAAUUAUUUUGAAGAUAAAUUUAUUGUGAGUAUUAUAAAAGGUGACUCGACCCAGUUUUUUUGGGGAGUAGCAUCCUACUUUGAAGCUCUCUGGUAUCCCCACCUUUACUUUUAUCGUAAGUCUAACACAUAGAAUGGAUAACAUAUAGAUCAAUCUACAAUAAAUUAUAACAGAAAAUUUUUGGUGAUCGGAGUAAAUGUCACGUGGUUAUAAUGCCACACCCCUUUGAGGUCUGAGUCGAAAAUCUGCUUUGCCGGCAUUUUUUCGUGCAAAUCUCUCGGCUACACAUAGUGCGCAUUAGUGCCUUGCGCUGAACAGAGUUUCACCAAAAUCGCAAAGACCCAAUUCGAGAAAUUUAGCGGUUUCCAAAUUUAGGUCAUAAUUUAUGCAAAAAUGAUAAGCAAACUUUACACGAUUAUAUCUAAUAAACUAUGAGAUUCAUCCCUUUAUUUUGGGCAUCGUUAUAACAAAUGGAUCCUUGCAAGUCAGCAAAGCGCUUUAGGGCCUCGUAAAUGCGUGCGAUUUCGAGCAAAGCAAACAUAUAGAAAUUAUAGUUUUCGCUAUUUGUUGACGUUUGUCAGCGUGUUAGAGUCCUUCUCACGAAAAAAGCAUUUUCUUAAAAAUUCGUAGUUUUUUUUCCUUCAAAUUUUUUCGGGCCACAAUUGAUUAACUAACUACCCGGACUCGGAAUUUCAUGGUCAUUGAAAAACUGAGACAUUAUCUACUAUAAGCCCAAACUUGAGUAAUCAUUGAAGAUUUUUAGCGUUUUGGUUGAGUUUGUGCUUUGGGAGUUGUCUAUUGUUUCUAGUCUGUCAUUAUACAGCAUUCUUGUUCAGCACGUGUGCAAUGACCGCGCUUGGCUGACUUCCGAAUACAUGUGUACAGUAAUAGAGCUUUAUGUUACAGGUAGUCACAUUUCUAGUUCUCAGUGUAAAUGAGUUUUUAUUCUUAACUAAUUUUUAUAGAGAAUUUGUAUUAAUAAGACCCUUAAUAAGACAAUUAAUUAUAUAAGGGUCAAUAUUUUUAUAUUAUCAGUGGAGUCUGGAAGUUGGUCUAAACUUACUCUAAAUUCUACUAAAUUCUGGUCUUUUCUGAGAUAUUCCUGA